AUGGCGGCUGUCGUGAAGUCACCGAAUGAUCCAAGAGAGUACAGGUAAAUUUAAAGUCAAUGAGAAAAACAUCCAUCCGAUGAUAACCCUAAAUGUCGCAAUUCAACCUUUAAGGUCCAAAAUUAAGCCCUUUGAUAAGCAGAAGCCCGUACCCAGAAGUCGUUGAUGAAGGGACACAAUGCGAAAAUCGAUUGGGCCGUAUUGCAUUUAAUAUCCGUAGCCCCCAGGUUGAGGACUUACCGUGUAGCAUGAAAAUUUUGCGGGAGUUUUAUUUUGCGGAUCGGCGAUUUUUUGUGGUUUGCGGGAACAAAUUUUUGCGGUUCGAGAUGACUGAAAUUUCUGGUGGGGACUAAUAAUAUUAUUUUUGCGAUUCUCUGUUCAAGUAGCAGAAUAUUUAAGUUGAAGAAACCUUAAUAUGGUAUUUUCAACUUUUAUUUUACGGUAUGUUGAGUUAAAGUUCACUCUACUUACAUAUUUAAUAAAGAAUAAUACGGUUUUCACUGUGAUAUCUUACUGCACAAAGGGACUGAACAACAGCAAAACAAAACAAAAGCCUAUCCCUACCAUACACAACCAGUCCAUUAAAAGCAGAGUUUUUAAUUUGACUGAAGGGAGUUAAUUUUUGUGGCGUUUUAUUUUGUGUUUUUUUUUUUCUUCGGGAACUAAUUUUUGCGGAUCGAGGUCAAUUCGCUAAAAUUAGAACCCGCAAAAUUUUCAUGCUACACAGGCGCGGAUCCACACCGGUUUCCACCGUUUUACAGAAAUUGGUCAGAUUUUUUCUCGAGAUAUAUUUUUAGUUAAAAAAAAGCUAUGCAACUAGAAAUCUUGUUCCAUAACUACAACAUGGAAAUUGACCAUGAUAAAAUCCUCCGAUUUGCAAGGUUUCAUUAGAGGAGAAUGGGACUGGCCAACAUCCCGUCUGAAUGACUCAGAAAUCCAGGAAAGGGGCCUUUAGGUAGUGAAAAUCCAAAAAAUUUCCUGUGACAGCCCAUGCAUGCUCCCUGAUCCCCCAGAAGCUUGCGCCCUCGGUGUUAGGAAAUCGGUCAAAAUUUAUCCUAGAUCCACCCCUGCUACACGGUACCUUUUCUUACCUCUGAAGAUUGGCUAACAUUGGAUUCACCCCUGAAGACUUCCAUAAAAUAUGGGCUCGAAGGAUAUGGGUUUAUUUACCCCUGAAGAAUUUAGUGAAAAUUAAGGCUUCACCCUAAAGAAUUCCACAUUUUUUUUUACGCUGAAAAUAUUUGCCGAUAACUGGAGGUUUCUGGCCAAAAUGGGAGGGUUAGAAUCUCUGAUAUGUACUUUCAAAUAAGUGUGACUAAAAUGAACCUGCAUGAACUUGAACUUUAUUCUGCCUCUUAGGAUUUGGGUUGAUUUUCCGCAUUCCAUAGUUCUGGCAUUCCACUAUUCUUCUGAUUUUGGGGUCGCCCUGUUCAUGCUAAGAGCUACCUGUAAGAAGCAACAAGCAACCCAAAUUUGAGUGGAAAAGAGAGGGGAGGGGUGCAGAUUGUUCUUUCACUGAUGAACCCAUUUUGAGGAUGACUUCUUCUUUUACAAAUUUAUGAAGGUAAAUUUUUGCUUGUGUUUGUCUGUUUUUCCUGUUUUUUAAUAAUUUCUUUUUUAAGGGUCAUCAACUUGGAAAAUGGUUUAACAGCCCUGUUAAUCUCUGAUACCCACUCAGUCAGUCCACGCGUACACCAUGACAGUGACAUGGUAACAACAGAUGAUGAGGAAGACACAUGGAGUGAAGACUUUGAGGAAGAAAGUGAUAAUGAUGAUGAUGGUAGCAAUAAUGGUGAUGGUGUUGACGGAUUUGUAGGAACUGAUCCAGAGGCUAAUCAACAGUAUGAUGAAGAACGAACCAGGAAAUCAAAGGAAACGAAACUUGUAAGUAUACAUGUGUAAAAUAGCUCUGUCGGUGGGGUUCCAAAGAAUUCCAUGGUUAAAGAAUACAAACAAGUCCUUGAAAUUUCAAUAGAAUUUCAUGCAGUGUUGGUUUAUGGUGUCUCCGUGGAGUUGCAUGGAAUCUCCACAAAGUUCUUUAGGAGAUAGAGUUAAUUUUAUGAAAUUCUGUGGAAUUCUGUGUUGUGUAUCAAUGGCACUCCGUGAAAAUCUAUAGAGUUUGUUUUAACAGGGUGAGGAUCUUGAAGUGAACAAACGGCCAGAUUGCACUAGUCUGUCUAUAUUAAUGCCAUCAGUGUAUGUGUUAACAUAGCAUUUUAAAUACAGUCAACUCUCUUGUCAGCAACCACCCUCAAUCAGUGACCCUUGGUGCAUCAGAAAGUGGUCGCUUACUGUACUACGAAAGUAGUGUGUAGUACAUGCAAAAAAGGGUGAAUUAAACCACUCCUGUGGCUUCUUUUACAUGAAUUAAGUAUCUUUGAUUUUAUUGUUGCAUCUUCUAAAUAAUUAUCAUAAGGAACUUUGAUUAAAUGUCAAUGAUUGUUAUCUCCUUGUUAUUUCAGUCUGCAGCAGCCCUUUGUAUCAGUGCAGGGAAUUUUUCUGAUCCAGAGGACAUUCCUGGGUUAGCUCAUUUCUUAGAACAUAGUAAGUUUGGGGAACUCUCAGGGGUUUGGUGAAAGCACGGUUAAUUCUUAUAGAGCAUGCAAGGGAAGGGGUGAAGGGGAGGGGAGGUACCUGCAUCGAAGGCCCUAGGUCUCGGUUUUCUAUGUUCUCUGAAUGAGUGAUGGUGCAUAGAAUUCACCAUUGGCUAACAGCACCUCUUGGGAGUUAGUCUGUCACCUCAGUAUAAUAAUUACUAUUAAAUUAAUUUUGUCAGUCAGUGAAAAUAAAAAGUUUGGGUCUUGUUCGUUAUAAUCUCUCAUCUUGCCACCUGUUGGGGGUGAAGCAAAGACACAGAUAACAGCUCAGUUUAGAGUCUUAUAAACAAAACAUCUAACGUGGCCCAUUUUCACAUACUGGCAGAAGAACUGUUUCAGUCGUGUUUGAAAGACCUUUAGGUCGAAGAAAUUUUCAUUCCUUUGACUUUAAAGCCAGCAUAAGGAAUAGCAUUACAACUUUCUUUUUCAUGGUGAAGAUCUCAUGGCAGUACAGUUGUAAACCUCUCCUUAAUGGCAACCUUGGGGACAUAAAAAAGUAGCUGUUGUAGAGAGGUUUAAACAAGGGAUUGUCGUUAGUAGAGGUUUGACUGUAUUACCAGCUGGGUUCAGAAAAAGUUUCAUUUUCCAGUAAUUUGCUGUGCUGAUUUGGUUGUGAAACCAGAACUGGCUUUGUAAGCAUUGUUUUUAAUGUUUCACACUUCCUCCACAUUUGUAUAUUUCUCUUUUUUGCCCGAAAGAAACUGGCACCUGCUAAGCAGACUACAGUUUGUUAGGCGGAGAGUGGUUUAACACAUGCUGUAUAUAUUUGUAGUAUUUAAAUCCUUAAUAUUAUUCUUUAAUGCACUUCUGCUUUUGACUCUUAUCUUGCAAUUAUUAUUCAGAGGCAAUACAGUGUAAAGAUUUGAGUAGAGACAAAAACUUGCCAAUCCUUUUUAUGACGAAAAAUGUACUUAAACACGAACAAAAAUAUUCAAAUUGCUCUGGUCAUGUGACUGAUGGCUUCAUGUCUCUCCUUUGGUUGUUUAAAAAAAAAAAAAAAUUAAAAAAAAAAAAAGUUAUUGGGUAGAACAUUACUUUCCCGCAAAUUUUCACUGCCAUGUGAUGAACAUCAACUCUCUACAAUCCUCGGCCUAGUCUCCUGACUUUUUAGCUCAUGUUCAUUUCCCCCCUUAAAUUUUAAAUGCCAGAAGUCAACUGGUUAUUUUUGAAUGCCCCACACAACCAAAAGCUCAAAUAUGCUAUAUAAUAAUGAAAUCUUGUCACGGCAACAAAAAAACCUAACUUGACAAAUAUAGUCACAUGACUGAUGAUGUCAUCACCCUAGAUGUGACGUGGAAAGAUGUUUUAUGGCAAAUGCUAUCUUGUUGUGGUCUAACAUUCUUCUAGGUAUAAAAUAUUAUUGUCAAAGUUAUAGAGCUUUUUUAAAAAAAAAAUGCCUCAAAGGAUUCUGGGAGAUUUUUUACUUGUUGAAUUAUUAUUAUUCAGUAUUCAUUCAGCUAUAAGCCAAUCUCGGCUAUGAGCCGAGACCCUAAUCUUUGAACUUGUAGAAUCAGCAUAACCAAGAACGGAAGAUACAUCUAAAACACCUGGCUAUAAAGCGGAGACCCAUUCGUUGCAAGACUUAAACUACUGUAAAACACAACAUUUUGGAAAAAAAUGUGACCUCCUCUAGGAAAAAGUACAAUGUUCUUUGGAUUUUUCAUUGCUAUCAAUCUUUGCUCAUGGCUUCAUCAUAUUAUGCUUGAAAUGAUCACAUAAAUCGUCUUUCAAUCAAAACAGACCACAUCAGUUUGCGUUGUGUUUGUCCGUGCUUAGUAACCAGGCAAAUGUUUUGAAACGCAUGUUUGACCAAACGUAUGGAUUGUUUUCUUGACAUCUUUCAUUAUUUUGUUUUACACCUUCCCUCGUUGUAAAAGGCUUACCAAUGUGAGAUUUAGUUGAGAGACCUGUUUUUGUCAGAUAUUUCGAGAAAUUGGGACUGAAUUUCUGUUCUUAGUUAACUUAACAUUCUGAUUUGUAGUUUUGCAGGGUGCAAAGAAAAUCAUUUUUACAAGCUGAAGCUAGCAUUUGUUAGCCCAGACGUCAUUUCAACUAGCCCCAAAAACUUUUUGACUAGCAGAAUUGAUUUCACAGUUCUUCUGUCAUUUGAAUUCCUCAAAAAACAGAGUUCACUAGCCCAAUAGCAAAAUCCACUAGCCACGGGCUAUCGGACACUACUUUCUUUGCACGCUGUUUUGUGAUUGAUUCGAUUGUUUGCUGCCAUUUACUCGGCUUAUAAGUAAAUACAUCCCCAUUUAGUAGCAUUUCAAUGCACUUAAAAAAAAUUUUGGUCAAAAACUCUUGGCUAUAAACCGAGACCCCCUUUUGGGUUCAAAUUUCACUUGGAACUUUAGCUUUAAUGUCUGUAAAAAUUGCUCGGCUUAUAGCUGGAUAAAUAUGUUCAAGUUUUACAGUACAGUGUACGUGUGUGUAUUUGCUGUACUAGAUGGGGAAAUCCACUUGGUGGAAUACUGCCAGUCCUCUAUGCCUAGCAGAUUAAAUCAUCAUCAUCAUUAUUAUUAUUAUUAUUAUUAUUACUAUUGUUUGAUAUUAUUCCUUCAACUUCUUGCCUUCUGUUGGUUUGUUCCUCUUUAGUUCUUGGAUCAAACCAAUUGGUCCUUAGGUACCUUGAGAGUUUCAGUAGGUAGUAUGUCCUGCAGUUUUGCUUGUUUGCUAUAAUCAUUAUUGCUUUCUUAACAGUGGUUUUCAUGGGAAGUGAAAAGUAUCCAGAUGAAAAUGCAUUUGAUGCUUUUAUCAAGAAACACGGAGGAUCUGAUAAUGCUUCUACCGACUGUGAGAGGGUACAUCCUUUGAAUUAGUUUGUCUUUUGUUUUUAGUAAGAAUAGUUUAUUAAAACUCUCGUGCAGUAAAAAGAACUGAAUUAUCGAGUACAUUUUACAAUCAUAAGGCAACUAUUAUCUAGAGUAUAGUAAUUUACAGUUAUAACAAUUAAAAUAACAAUUGAAUCACUGAAAAAAUUUAAAUGUAAAGAAGUCCUCCACUCUCUUUGUCCUACAGACCUGCAUGUUCCGGAAAAGAUAAUACUUUUGUGUUUUCUGCCUUAAGGUGUAGUUAGGCGCGUCCAGAAGUGGGUAGCCUGUGCGCAGACGAAAUUAAACUCUGGUUAACUCCGUCUGCGAAACAGCGCCGAAAUCCUUGUUCUGGACUUCCAGCUGUGUACCGAGAUUUGAGUACGCACCACGAUUGGCUAGUUAAAAAAGACCUUUGUUUUGUUUGUCGCAAGACUGAUAAUAGCCAAUCAGGUUGAAGGGAAAUUCGAAAUGCACUUCCGGUAAUUCGUUGAGUCGGUUGGGGGUCCAGAACAAGGAUCUCUGUGCUGCUUCGCAGACGGUACUAAUCAGAGUUUAGUUAUCGUCUGCACGCAGGCUAAGAAGUGGGUUGGGAAGUAGGUGGUGCAUAGGGUGGCUGGGGGACUUUUCAAUUUACAUGUACAUGUAUGAAGCAGAAUUGUUAAGAUCGAUUGUGGACUAGGACAAAGACAAACAAUUUCACAAACCAUAGAACUCGUAAACAAAUUAAGAAACCAACUGUCAUGUUACUUUUUGCCCUUGCUGCAGGCACUUUUGUUAAAGAAGAAUUUUUUGGAAGCAAACUCACUAUAGUUUUAUUGUAGGUAAAGAGGUGUUACCUUGGCUUGUAUGCUCGAAAAGUUGAGCAUUUGAUGUUAACAAGAUGGUAAUGAUACAUGUAGCAUUUAAACAUAAACAAAUGAAUGAUUAUUAUUUAAUUUUUUUUACAGACCACUUUCACCUUUGAUGUUAGAAGAAAGUACUUUAAAGAAACCUUGGACAGGUUAUUACAUUUGAAUUACAAUGUAGUGAAAUCAUAUUUGAUCUUGAAUUUAAAGUUGCAUUGCAUUUUUUUUAAAUAAUUGUACCUUUUUUUCCUAUUUAUAGGUUUGCCCAGUUUUUUAUUUCUCCUCUCCUCAAAGGAGACAGCAUGAAAAGAGAGAUACAGGCUGUUGAAAGUGGUGAGUUUUUUAUACUUAAAGUGGACAUACAUAGAGUAUGGAUAAUUAUUGUACAAAACUGUGCUCCCUGCAUUAUUCUUACUGUAGGCAUUGUAGGAAUUAUGCAAAAUUGUUUUGCACAAUUAUGACCCUGAAAAGCUGGACUUUUUUUCAAGAAUUGGAUAAUCCCCGCUGCAUAGAGAUUCAUCCACUGAAUAGCGCUAUCUAAUGUUUGAACAAGCAGGGCCAGAUAAGCGAGUGGAUAAGUGUUAGCCAGGGGAAGUAAUAAUUUGUGUUAUCCAUCCUGUAGGUAACUUGCAUGUAGGUGUCUCCUAUUUCCUUUGUUCUGUGUGCAACCAAAUAGAUUGCGCCCCCAUUUUUUCUGUCACCUCGUGGCUUCGCUGCUCGAUGCUUGCGCACACGUUCACUCCCCUCACUAAAUCUCAAAGAAAAGAGAGACUGCUUGCUUGCAGUCUAGCAACCAAACAAAUAAGAGACCUUAAACACUUGAUGACUGGUUCUGUUUCCCGAGAAUCUCAGAUCCAAGGGAAACAAAAUUAACUGUUUCUCAGGGACCAGUCUUUUAAGUGAUUUGUUAUAUAGCUGGAAAUUCAUUGAAUCUCUCUGUUAUGGCGACCGUCGGUAACUAUUCUUGUGCAACAGGGCACUGUUAUCCUCUGGCGUAAAAGAUUUUGCGAUGUUACCCGCUCAGACAUUUAGGUGGGAAAUAGUUUCAUUGUUAGAUGUCAUGAAAUAACCAAUGAGAACACGCACUGUUGGGAAAAAAUUACUUACAAUGUAUUGGUGGUCGCAAAAAGUCUUAAUGGCUUUGCUUUUGUUUUAUUGUUGUUUUGUUUGUUUAUUUUUCAUUAGAGGUUGUAUUAUCUUUUGGCGGCGUUACAAGGGAAACGUCUUAAUCUGUUACUUAACAAAAACGCUGCAUUUAACGGUGGUCCCUAAGAGACUCUUUGGCUUUGAUUGUGUGGUCUUCAGAACAAUCUUCGACUUCACGUUACCCAAUUCAAAAAAUCGCCUUUCUACUGAGAAAACUACACAGAUCAUUGCAGUUAAAGAUGCAACUAAGGAAGUUGCCACUUUAUAAAGAAAGCUUGAAAAAAGUGUUAUAAGUAGUACAGCCUUGAUCCUUUCUAGAAUGAAAAACGAAUAGAAAUAAAUAAGUAAAUAAAUAAAUAAGUAUGGAUUUUUUUUUAAAUUUUUAAUUUGCAGAAUUUAGGAUGAGUUACCACAGUGACUCCGUUCGAAAAAUGCAACUUCUUGCACUGUUAACUCGAAAAGGACAUCCAUUUGGAAAAUUUCUUUGGGGUGAGUAAGACUCCGCGAACCACCAGGUUUAAUUUUCUGUUUUGAUACCUCGGCCGGUCAGAGAAUUUGGCCAGAGAAUUUGUGAAUUAUUAUUUUUUAUUUGUGUUUUUAUAUCUCGUAGGAAAUGAAGAGACACUUCAGAACAUUCCCGAAAAAAAGGUAAGUGCAGCCGUUUUUAAAACAUUACCGGGGUCCAUUUCUUGAACCUCUCGAUAUUCAACAGGCCUGCGUGGGUGCUUUUCUCGAAAGUCCCGUUAACUAACGGAUUCGGCAGAAAGGUGUUUUUGGUUACAUUCAACAUCGAGGUUUCAAUAGUUUUACUAGACUGCUGGCAGUUUCUUUUUUUUCAGAUUUAGUGAAGGUAGUACACACGUGCGCGAGUCGCGCGAAAACCCCGUCUUGCGCCUUCAGCCACGCGCGAGGUCAUUUUCGUGUCUUGCGCGUUUUGCUCGAAUAUGAUAAAACUAUCUGCUAAAAAAGGGAUAGUUUGUUAACUUUAAUUUGAACAUUUGAUUUCGGGGCCGAAAAGUUACCUGGACUUUCGAGAAACGGGUCCAAGGUUACACUUUACCCCAUUGACUUGGACUUUGUUUUCUUUAUUGCAGUGCAUAGAUGUGAAUAAAGCACUGAGAGAUUUUCAAACUAGAAUGUAUUCUGCACAGUUUAUGACACUGGCUGUGAUUUCUAGAGGUGAGAAUGAUUCAGGAUUUCAAAGUGUUGAUCAUCAUGAUAUGAGAGUGGCGCCUGAGUUAACGCCUGUACGAGACCAGAAACCCUCUCCUGUAUGCGGACAGAUUUUUUUAAUUGAGUUUUGUUUUGCGAGACUGUAAGCAUGACCAUGAAUUAACCGUAUUCGAAAAUGUCCUCGCUACCCCGCGAAGCAAAAGUCUUAAGAAAAAUCGCCCGCCAUCGAGUACUUCGGUAUGUACUGAGCUCCUCCCUGGGACAAGUUGUUAGCUUAUAUAUUGCUGGUACCUCUCAUGCGAUGACAAUAUUGAUUAUUAUAAUGUAAAUAAUUGUUUUUGAAUUUGGUCAACGCAGUUCAAUAUACAUGUAUCUUCCACUGAACAGUGUAACAUUAACAGGGUUUUUUUUUUUACAGAGGAGUGUAUGGGCUAAUGUUAACAGCUUCUCAUAAAAUAGCCUACGUCUUGACUACAUAAUAAAUCCUUUAUUGACCAAGCCUUGUUUUUUUUUGGACAAGAUGGCUGGAUAUUGGCCUCGUUAUUUUGUGUCAUUAUACGUUUCUGGGAAACUGCCCACCAACCCCUCCCCUAAGCCAACAUUAACACUUGCUUCUCACUUAGGGCAAAAUGUUGGCGUAGGGGAGGAGUAGGUGGACAGUUUCCCCAAAACGUAUAAUGAUCUGUUAUUUUGUUUUUUCAUUGACUUAGCAAAUAUCCAGCCAUAUUGAUGUAAUGCUUGCUCAGUAGACGCAUUGCUUUGGAUUCAGUUGUCCAGGAUGGAAAGUGAACCUUUUUUCUUUAAUUCCAAAACAAUUUUCCAGCUGAAUUCUGAAUGACCUUCCAGUUACGGAUUUCUGUUCCAACUAUUUGCCAAAAGUUUAUUUGGCAUACCAGAAACUUCCGUUAAGAAUAUCAACAAAAGGUUUUUAAUAGACGCGAUGAAAAGUAGGGUCCACUCUAGCGCUAAUUUGACGUAUUAAAAAAAUAAGAAAUAAAUAAAUAAAUAAAAAAUACCAUUAGCUGAAUCAGACCCAUUUAAUACAGACACUAAAGGGGCCAUAAAAAGCGUUCGUAUUAACGGGGUGUCCGUUUUAAGCGGGUUGAUUUUGCGGAAAAUGUAAGAGCUAGGGACAAGGAAAACGUUCCGUAAUAGCGAGGUGUCCGAAAAAAGCGGGGUUCGACUGCAUUUGGUAUUAUUGCCGAAUGAUAGCGCUAGUUAUUCUCAAAGUUUCUUAGCUAUCGCGUUGAAAUAAUAAGAAAGAAAACAAAACAAAUCAAAUCAAACAAAUGAAAAGUUAUGACAAUGCGCCUUCUUAUUGACGGAGCCACCUCGAUGGAAAAUGGUACUAAAUCACAGCUUUCGUUUAUUCACAGGCAACUAACAAGCCUGUGAAUGAAGUCCUUUAUACCGUAGGCUGAGAUAGGAAAAACCGGACUGUACCAAAUAAUGAUUAUUAUCCUUAUAUUGAUUGAGUACUACUCACUUAAUCGGUGCGUGGAAUGGUGGCCAGUUUGAUUUUUGUGGUCAUCCGAGGCCUGGCACCAAGAAUUUUUGCAGGGUCUAGGAGAGAAAGCUUGGAAAUAUGUGAGAUCUGAGCGCUUCAGAAGAUCGUUGCAGACCUCGCAGCAGCUAUCCACAAAAUUCAUAGCGGCCGCCAAAGAAAACACUUUCUACGCAUCGAUAGAGUAUGCAAUUUUUAUUCACAACUGCGUUUAUUCACAACUGGAUAUAAAGAACCGGCUAGUUGGAAAAUCUGGACUGGACUGCACAACUUUUCGUUUUUCGUUUCCGUCAAUCACAUCAAUCACCCAAACGGACCUGUUUAGAUUAUUGCGGUUUAGAAGGUCACGUCUGUUGGUUAUACAACACCCUUCCAAGGUUUUAUUCAAGACUUUGAUACAGAUCAGUUAGGGAAUAUAUAUCCAUUACCACUGCUGAAAACAGCGCUUUGCAAGUAAAAAUCUUACCAAGUUUAAAGGGGCUGUGUCACGGCAGUCCAAUUCAUUUUGUUUAAUUUUGCCAAUUACUCGCCCUCAAUCGCUAUGGAACUUAAAGUAAGCAAAGAAAUUACAGGUGAAUGACAAAAUCAGAGAUCUCAGACAAACAAAUAUGUCUCCUGAGCACUAUUUUUGAGGUUUGCAAGCAGAAGGGAUCAACUUUGAAAAACUGUUAGGCUGAACAGUUUUCAAAAACCCUAAUUUCAAUCCGUUUCAAUCUUCUUCAGUUUUACCCGUCCGUGGCAUUUGUUGUUUCUGUUAUGUUAUUUUAACCUUCCUUUAAAGUUUAAGCGGUUAUUUUUAUGUUUCUCUUAAUCUAACGGGCAUAUUGUAAUUUCCUAAUUUGGCUAAAUUUUGUGACACAGCUCCUUUAAAGGUAAAGCGUUAAAAGCGAACGAAGAUAUUGCUCCACAAAACUGCGAAAUUUUACCAACGUUUGUGUGGCGGGGGGCAUGAACUUGCUCUGAAAUUCGUUGACUUUGCGGAGCUGUACCUUCGUUGGUUUUCAACAAAUAACGUUCAAACUUGACGUCUUUACUUAUUUUAAGGCGUUCUUUUUAGCCGCGUUCACGGAUUUUCGGCCCCAGUCAAAAGUUGAAAUAUACCGUGGGAGAGUGUAUUGGUAGAUUUUGAUCCUUCUUCUUUGUUAUUACUUCGGCGGAGCGCGGAGUAAAGGAUUGGCGACGCUCAGGAAUGUAUCGAAGUUGACAUUUUUGGGACAAGAUUGGGCACGCAAAGUCUGUAGGUUUUCGGAUUUAUUCGGCUAUUUGACGACGUGAGAGCCGAAUUAGUUUGAGAUAUCUCGAGAUCACUUCGAUAUCUUUGAAUUAUUCUUUAAAUUAUUCGAGGAAGAAAGAAUUGUUGUUUUGGUUUUCCCGGGGUUUGAACCGACUCACCUGUGUGACCCGUCAGAUCAGAGGAGACUCUAAGUUGAGGGAUUAGCCGAUUGCGCUAUUGCGACCAAAGGUAAUUCAAGAUAUGAAAAAUAGUUAUGAAAUGAUGCACUAGUUUCGGGACAAGAUUGGCCGAGCAAGUUUGUAACUUUUCGGGUUGUUUCGGCUAUUUCACGAAAUGAGACCGGGCUACUUCCUGAUAUCUUGAGAUCAAUUCGAGUUCAGUCUUUAAUUUACUCGAGGAAUAAAUAGAGGAUAUUACGUGGCCGCGCAGAGACACGAAAUUUCUCUUCGAGUGUUGAAAAACAUUUCACGAGUGAGCGGUCCUUUCGAUCUGUUUUAUGGUGAAUUUAAAGUUACAAAAUGCUGCACAAAGACGUUUUGUCUUUGAGGAGUGUUACGUAGUAAAAUUGCUUUCUUGCGUUGCGUGACUUCCUCGAACGUUCUCUACAUUUUUGGAUUAUAAUAUUGAUAAAUAAUUAAUUUGGGGCAUGUUUACGUUUCAGCAUGAGUCAGCAGAUUUGCAUCAGUUACUGAAAUCAUAAAAUAUGUCGAGAAGCCACUACUAUUCGCCUGUUUAGUAUUUUCUAGAACCUUAUCUCAAACGGUAUACAAUUUCUAAGCAAGUUCUUUUGACGAACUAAGUUUUUUUCCACGAGCUGGAGUGCUGUGUUUAGUCAAGUGUGACGAAGGUCGAUUUUCAAGAUCUGUGUUUACAAGUUGGCGGAAGCCAUAAGAUAUAUGUUGUUCAAGUGAGAGUUUGUUAUUAUUGGCAGAGGCUGUUUAGUUUUACUUAAGUUCAAGUCAAGUUUGUGUUGGCAGAUGCUGUGUUUUAAAGCUCUGUGAAGACUAUGUUCCUUUGAUAUUAAACUUCGUUGUGUUAAUCCGACAUCCCUGCGUGCUAAUAGUCAGUGAAUAAUUAUCCUCAAAACCUUCGAACUCGUAACAUUGAGUUUUAGCCAAUUCCAUGCUCAACGUAAUUGACUCCCUACCCAUGCCUUACAUAUUUUUAAUCAGUACAUGGAACUGCUAUGCUGUUUUUGAACCCUGAUGUGACUAAGAAAAAUCGAGAAUUCUUUUUUCACUGUUUGUUUUGUUAGACUGGUUAUUCACCGCCAGUAACCUCAUAUUUGACUAAGGUCUAAACUUUUAGACCCAAGUCAGAUUUAGAAGGAUUUGUAUGGAGUCAUCAGAGCAUAACUGGGCUAAUAUCUCAAAGACAAUUUGUCCCGAAAUGCUAGUUUUUGGCAAGUAGGGCUCUUGGAUGUUGGUCUUUUAAGAAUAUCCUGACAAAUCCCAUAAUUUCACACAUUCAUGCCUUACUCUUACCAUAUUUCAUUUCUUACUAUUCCUCCGCAUUUACAAAUUAAUCUGUUCCACAACACAACCACGACGCCGAAGUGUACGCUCCGUAGCGUCUUGUUGUGUUUAUGUUUUUGUGUGUUUUUGUUUCGCCUCGUCGUUAUGCUGAUUGGCACAUGCCAGAACGUAACCGUUGGUUUAAUUUUUUCUUUAAGAGGUCGCAUGUUAUUGAACGGCCCUGUAGCUGACAUUUUGUUUUAAUUUUUCUUUUGUUUUUGUUCUUUUAGAGCCUCUUGACGAUCUUGAAGAUAUGGUCAGAGAAUCUUUUUCAAAAAUUCCUAAUAAGUAAGCGUUUUGUUUUCAUCUUGGCUGUUAAUUAAAACAGGGAGCUUAAGUGAUAUUACACUAGACGAUUCGCAACGACGAUUUUUAGCGCAACACCGCGUUGCAACGUUGUUUCGACAUUGUUUCGAAUGGCUACAACAUGCAACGCUGUGUUGUUUCCCAUCAACAACAACCGCGGCGGCUACGAAAACGUCAUUUGAAAAGUGAAUUCGUGCUGCUUCAAACUUUAUUGCGCUUGUUACACCUCGUGCAAUUCGUCAAUUGUUGGCAUUUUUUCUCCGGAGUUGAAUUAAAAAAGACCUGCAUCGAAGUUCAGGAAUAGAAAAGGAAAGUCGUUGUCUUGUGCUCGCGUCCUCCAGUAGACGUGAAAUUAGGCAUUUUUCACGUCGUACGGUAUCCGUGCAGUAACGGCAAAGAAACGUACAAAAAAGCGUGAUGCACGUGCAGAGUUGCUUUUUUUUCCAUUGUCGUUGACGUCGCCGUCGUCGUUGCUAAAGAUCCCUGAUAUUUCUAUGUCUUCAUUAACAUACCGUUGCGUUCCUCCUGUUUUUGACUGCUCUAGUUAACAGUCGUGAAACGCAACGUCCGCCGCUCUUUGCAAUCCAAAGUGUAACCUUUGACGUUUUCCAUUCCUCUGUCGUAGAGCCCAAUACCCUGUGAGCAGGGGCUACGUUUUUUCACACCGCGAAAAUGUUGCCUCUGCUCGCGGGUAAGAGCCCGAAAAAACGAUUUUAAAACGUAUGCGGGAUUUUUUUUUCCCUUCUGAUUCCAUCCAUUCUUAAGUACUCAAUCACAUUUGGACAAUUAGAUACACACUCAAUGAACAGAUAAAACGGUUUCUCAGUACAGUUUUGAAGGCGAUAGCCCCUAUUCGUGGCAAUUCAUUUCCGAAACAGUAAGAAAUUCUAGCAAAUAUGGUUGUUAAUCGUACUCAAAGUGCAACAUAAUCAUCACUGGGUUACAUUUGUGAUCUAUAUCUUGAGUAGGAAGACAACAAAAGUUGCACUGAUAUUGCCAGAAGAGUGGCGAAAAAAAAAUCGCCUUUGUAAACCCCCGCAAUAAAAAUGCUUGCUUAUCAGUUUGCAAUCUUUUUUUUUGCAGCCUACAACAAAGACCAACAUUUCAAGAAUACACAGUAUGUACAAAAUGUUGUUAACGACCAGUCUGCUGAGAAAAAAGCAAAUAAUUUAUUUUCCCUUUGUUAAUGAGAAAUUUGUUUAAUAAAGGGAGUAUCAAAAUGAUUCCCUUUUUUGGGCUUGGGGAUUGUUUCUUUAUUGUUGUUGUUGUUUUCUAUUUUAUUAUUAUUAUUUAUAUUAUUAUUAUUAUUAUUAUUAUUAUUAUUAUUAUUAUUAAAAUCAGCUCGUAAAAUCAGCGCAACAAGUAGUAAAUGGUAAAACUAUAACAAGUACGUACUAAAUAAAAGUAUGGAUAUACGGAAGGAAAACACUUUAACUAAAUAAGGAGUUCAGGUAGGAACUGGUAAUGGCACUCAUAUCAACAUACAGAACCUCAGUUUCCAAAACCUUAACCAAUAAUUUAAUGAUUAACCACUUAUUGUUUUUAUUAUUAUGAAUUAUAAUUAUUGCUGCUUUCUUUUUCUGGUAGCUAUAGUACAUCUUCGACAGGAGCGGAGGCACUAUGUCAUCGAAUUCUGUUAGGUAGCGUUUUAUAUGUUCACAAGUUUUAUUUUUAUUUUUUUAUUUUUAUUUGCUAGGAUCCCUUUGAUCUGUCAGUCUUCCAUAAAUUGUACAAAGGUAGGAGGCACGAUUUACAAUUUAGAAUUGAAUAAAAUAAUAAAUAAAUAACUGACCACACACUCCCUUCCACCCAGGACAUCAAGGCCUCUUUCCCCUCCCCCUCCACUGCACAGCAAAAUGUAAAUUGUUUUAUAGCAAGCAAAUGAAACUAGGAGAAAGUAUAAUGUAUAAUGUAUAAAGCUAAAAGCGAAGCUCUCUGUACUAUACUUACUGUGUUUACUGGACGCGGAGGUUCAGCUGGCGGAGUUGAACCAUUGUUGUCGCUGGCGCGACGUUGAGUGCACGAACUUAUAUGGGGGUCUGGAGGCAUACUCCCCCGGGAAAUUUUUAAAAUCGGACUCUGUAAAAUGCAAUUUCCUGCGUUCUCUGGACUGAAAUUAGUUAACAGGAGAGGUAUUUUAAGAGAUUAAAAAAAUUAAAUGAAUAAUUUGAUGUGGCAAUUGUAAUUAUCGGUUCGCAGUUGUUCGUUUUUUAGUUGUUUCCGAAUCGAAUUGGUAUCGGAAAGAGAAUACGAACCCCGGUGACAAAUGGUUUAAGAUGUGGCGAUUUUACUGUCCAGUCCAGUUGUGUCGUUGAGUCGUUAGAACCUUAAAAGGUCAAAUAAACUAUCUAGGUGUAUAUAUUGAUCAAAAUUUGCACUGUGGACCACAGAUUCAACAAAUUAACUUCAAAGACGUGAAAAAUGUAGGUAUCAUUUAAUAAAUUAAGAUAUUAUGUAGAUCUUCAUACUUUAAGGCAGUUGUACUAUCCUCCUUUAUUCAUCCAUAAUUUUAUUUAACUUAUGGUAUUACAGGCUGGGACCGUGUAACACCAGGUUACAAAAGAGUGAAACCAAACAGGGGUCAAUUGAAUAAACUUUUUAGAAUUGUAAUUUACAAGUGCAACUGUUGUUCUGGAGUCUAAUAAAAAUAGCUACACUGGUACAAGUUUUAUUAAUCUGACCCCGAAAAAAAUUUGUUCUUAGCAUGUUCUUUGCUCACAGCAGGGACAAUGCCAUACCAUACUUUAGUCUUUAGAAAUUCUUAUGCUGAAAAACAUUCACAAAUUGAAAGUAUCCCGGUUGACACAUAAAUCACUAAUAAGGCAACAAACGUCUCUGCGAUAUUCAAGGGAACCCUUACCCGCCCGAGCCUCUGCGAUUCAUAGUUACAACACCAGAUUCGUAUCUAAGCUUAGGCCUAGGGUAAGCAAUAAUUAUGGAGCUGCCACUUUUGCUUUUGUCAGAUCUAAAAUCUGGGAAAAAAAUCCGCCCGAAAUAAAAAAAAUGAAUGAAAAGAUAAAUCUCGUUUGAUAACUUCAAUAACCGCCGUAGACUGACCACAUUCCAGCUACCCUGCACAUGCAAUUGUACGAUUUAGUGAUAUGUGUAUCAAAAUGUCCAUAAGCGUGAAAAUGGUUAUAAUAAAACAAUCUUCUCCAAGGUGCCCUUGCGAAUUGUUGAAAUACAAAACAAUACCGCCGACGUUUCGUAAGUUCUCACGAAAGGCAGAUUUCCACUCUCCAUUUAUCUUUGCGGGCGUAUGUACGUAAAUUAUACAUGCACAAACAAAAUAGACGCAAUUCAGGAAAGUCGCGCGUAAACGUAAAAGUUGAACCCCGCUCAACUUUUAGGUUUACACGCGUGACGCUUCUUACAUUGCCUCCAUCUUAUUUGCGCGAGCAAAAUUUACGCCCGCGUAUAAAAACCUAGUGAUUUAAGAACCCACAGGAUGAAGUUUGGCAUUUAAUCAUAACUUUAACAAAAUUGUCAAAUCUGAUUGGCUAUCAACUGCCCUGAUUUCAGCCUUAAUUGGACAGUUAAUAGGACAGUACGCGUCAUGCCUAAGUAACUGGACAGUACGCGCCAUCACGUGCGCGCUUAAUUGGCUUUUUUUUUCACUUCUAGCAAAACAAAAUUUCGAACUUCUUGUGUUUUGAUUUAAAAAAUAGCCUAUUGUAUCACAAAUUUUGUUAGAGUUACGAUUAAUUGGUAACAGAACUUCGUGUCGUCCAAUUCGGUCUGUAAUCAUACUCGUGAUUAAACAAAUCGGACUGCCGCUACGUGGUCGUCCGAUUUUGUUAAUCACUCGUAUGAUUACAGACCGAAUUGGACUCCACUCAGUCCUGUUACCAUUACUAAUUGCACUACAACAAUCUCUGAAAAAUAGCAACCUAUUAAGAACCUAAUCAACCUGAAUUGUGAAAAACUACUUUAAAAUAUAACAACCUACUUAGCCUGACCUCGGAAAAUUCUAGGUUCUCAUAUGCGGUUUUUUACUGUAUUACGCGACAGUGGAAAUCUUCCCUAAGGUACAGAGGUGAACUUGUCGGUUUACUGCCUGUUGUUAGCGUCCGCUCCAGUUAAUUCUGAGUUUUAUUAUUUAAUCUUGUAGUGGUUCCAGUAAAGGAUGUCCAUCAGUUAGAAGUAACCUGGGUUCUUCCACCUCAACAAGAACAUUACAGGUCUGUUAUUACAGUUGCGUAUGAAGGCGCCAACAUCAAAUGCCACUUGCGCAGCUUCAAAGUCACAGCGGAAAUCCAUUGUCAUUCAUUAAUAUCAUUGGUUGAAAUUUCAUUUUAUUUCAAACUCAUUAUCAUAAACUUUCAUACCCAUUAACUCUUCAGUAACACAGGAAAAAUAUAAAUUUAAAAAUGUCCAAGCUACGACUGCAUGUGUCGCUGAGCAUGCGCCUCUGCUCUGUAUGGAUUAGAAUGUCCAAGUCGACGACAAAAGAGUCACAACUCAAGCUGUAUUUGAUUCCAUCUCUACAACACCACGUGCAACAGACGCAACAUUUAUUUUAGAUAUUUAUAAUAAUUAAUAUAUAGAUAUUUAACCAGGGCUAAAAGGGAAGCUUUCGUUAAUAUGCUUAUAAUUUACGCAAACAAAAACUAAAAUCAAUACAUCUAAUGAAAAAAAAAAAAAAAAAAAAAGGAGAAGAAGAAGAAAAACUUUGCAAGUGCAGCACACUUUUUUGUGCAUUUCUUUGGCUUUUUGAGACUUCCUAGUUACACGUUUUAUAGGGGGAAAUACGUCGUCCUAACAAAAUUGUUGCUUGUGUUUCUAUUUACUUUUUGUUUCACUGUCGCUCACGUAGACAACAAUAGUGUGAUUGCAGUGGCUUUUUGGUGGAUCAAUAAUGGUCUGUGUUUGCUUGCAUAAGUGCUACGGGGUUCGUACAGGUCAUGUAAAACCUGGAAAGUCAUGAAAUUUAAGUAUUUCAUUUUCCAGGCCUUGAAAGUCAUGGAAUUUAAUAGUCGGUCCUUGAAAGUCAUGGAAGAUUUGUUUCAUAGACUAGUUACUGCAGGUGAAAACGCAAGGACAAUGUAAUUAGAUAAAGAGGAGUAAUUAAACAGCUCAAACGGUGCGCAUUUUGGGGGGCACCAGAGUUUGUGUCUGUUGAACUGUUUAGGGUCUAAAAAUACCCUAAAAAAGGAAAGUUUUUUAAAUUUUUGAAAGUGCCAGCUAAACCGAAGGUCUUGGAAAACUUAAAAAGGCCAUGGAAAGUCACGGAGUUUAAAGAGCUCAAAAGAGUAGGAACCCUGUGCUAUUUGCUACAUAAGCCACCUAAGUAGUGUGGUAUCUUGGAAUGUUUCACGAAAGCCAAAUCGUGUUGCUGCUGAGAUGUUAAAAUUUCCGUGCGAUGUUGCAUCAUAUUUUAAUACUUAAUUUCUUAUAAUAUUUAAAAUUGAAAGGACGCUCUCUAAAACACCUCUGAAUAAAUACUUGUAUAAACGGGCUCUAAGGGUAGAAUUUUUUUGGUUCAUAUUUAUUUAUUUUUUGGGAAGUUUUGUUCUUUGGAGCUUAUGUAAAUAAAGAAAGCAAAAACGUAGUUCAUCUACCGACUUUGCAACACACAAACUUGUUUGGUUAGGCGAUUUACUAAAGGAGCUUCUUCUCAUGAGCUUGUUUUCUUUUAAGCUACAGUAUUAGGAGUGGAAGGGUUAAUUAUGUUAAUUAAUUUCUGUAGAAUCAAGCCGAUGCACUACGUAUCAUGGUUAAUGGGUCACGAAGGACCAGGCAGUAUUUUAUCGCUGCUAAUAAAAAGGUGAGAGAUAUCAGACAUCUUGUCUGACCUUCUUUGAGAAGAAAGUGACCAAAAUAUAUAGAGAGCCGAGAGAGUCCAUCAUGUCAAAAAAGUGUUGUCCGAACAUUGCGACCAGGCUAAUGAAUUCGGUUCCGUUUUUUUCAAAUUACAGAAGAGCUGUUAUCAACCCUGCUCAUCUUUGUUUUGUUUUGUUCUGUCUUUUUUUUUCUUUUGUUUGGGGGUGGGGUGGGUUAGGGGAGUUUGAAGACGACUUUUGAGCUAGCACAUGCUAGUUGCAGCUUGCCCAAAUGGCAAACUGUGAAACUGCCUUACUUUGCACCCUGCAGUCUAUAAGAGGUAGAGAAAAAAUCAUUCGUUAACAGUUUCAGUGAAUUCACUUUCUUUGUUGUAAGGAAAUGCUGCUUGUCGGCUAUAGGCCACAGAACGUGGCAAUGGAACUCUAAAGACGACGGUCUACAUGUAGAAAUAGCAAACGGUCAAAAAAGUAAAAAUAUACAUCUCGCCUGGAGUCCUGUACUUUGCUAUUCUUAUGUAUCUUUACAGAUCAUGGGCUGUCAGUCUCUUGUGCGGGAAUGGAGAGUCUGGACAGGAACAUAACUCCAGUUUCGCUCUUUUCCCAUGUUUAAUUAGUCUUACAGUAAGUAGCGUAAGACCUUGCACUUUUCGGUUUUGUCAUUAGAUGCACUUUUAUUGUGUACAGUAUCAAAGAAAACAGCUAAAACCAUGCAUUCAAAGCAGUCAUAGUCAAGUCAGUGAUUGUGGGUCCUGUUGUGCACGAAAGAGGCUUCUUAACUCUACCUCAGCGAUCAUUAUUUUUAUUAUUAUCAUUAUCUUUGUUAUUAUUAUCAUUGUCAUUAUCAUUAUAAUCAUAACUAUGACAAAAUUCUCAAAUCUGAUUAGCUAUCAACUGCCCUGAUUUCAGCCUUAAUAGGGCAGUACGCAUCAUACCUAAGUAAUUGGACAGUACGCUCCGUCACAUGUGCGCUUAAUAGCUUUUUUCACCGCUGGCAAAAAAAAAGAUCUCGGAAUUUCUUGUGUUUUGAUUUAAAAAAAGAGCCUUAUAUAUAUCCCAAAUUUUGUUAAAGUUAUGAUUAAUAGCGUAGCGCGCAGAUGACGUCAGAGUGACUAAUUUGCAUUUUUUGUCUGAGUUUUGUCAUUUUUCUCAUCUCAAUAACAAAAGACAGACAAACAUGACAUUUUAAUGACAAAAGUCAGACAAAAGUGAGGAAUUUGCUAAUGUUAAUUUCAGUUUGUUUGUCUGAGUUUCGGGUCUAUACAUAGUAACUGCGCUCGGUACUAGGGAACUUAAGAUGGAGACGUUUUCGGGGCGACGGCGACCGGACUGGCAGAGAAAGCCUGGAACUAAGGCAGCCGUCGCUCCCCGUCAAAAAUAGAACAUUAAGAUCGCAGUGAACUCAGAAGGACGGCGCCUUUAAUUAGAAGAAUACCGAAGAGGAAAAUAUGGCUUCACAUAAAGAAUUAAGGGAAUAAAUAUUUGCUAUGCAGACAACAUGUAUCGGAUGAAGAGUUUCUCGUUUUGUGGAAAAAUUAUGAGUCCAAAAAUCCCGAUUUUCCUCGGGACAGUUACGAUCCGUUCAAGCUAAAAAACAUGCAGGAUGCAGCUGAGUUCAAGGCAGAAUUUCGUGUUGAAAAAAAAAUGUUCUCCACAGGCUUGCCGAAGCCUUGCAAAUUACAGGAACAUUAAAAUGCUACCAAGGAACCGUAUUCUUAGUUUGGCAUUGAAAUAAUUCCCGGGAAAUACUAGCAUGCAACAACAACAACAACGGCAACAACUUUAUUUCAGUAUUCCCACGCCGAGUUAGUACAUGGUAUUACCUACUAUUCUAUAUAAUUUUCAAUGCGUUUCAUUUAUACGAUGUUCUAACGAAAAGAGCGAACUAAAAACACACAAUUGAAAUGUUCAUAUCAUAUUUUUUGUCUGGAUACCUUUAUUUGGCUCGUGGGAAAAUUUUGUCCCAUGUCAAGCUCACUUACGGUUGGCUGUUUGCCAAGUUGGAUCUUGACCCUGUGAAAUGAAAACAUAGAAACAUUCAAAGAGGUAAGUUUAGCGAACAUAGCUUGGAAAGCGAGCUUGAAAUGUGCCUCAAAGAAAACAAGGACAAUUUACGAACGAUAAUCUGCAAAAUGUUGGUUGCUAAACGCAACAAACCUGAUUGAAAUGACAGUUAAAUACUCACGUUUUCGCCACAACGCCAAACAGACCAGUUUCACGUCGCCGACGGGACCACGACGGCAAGGUGGUGAGCGCGAGCAUGCGCAAUAUCCAACAAAUGAUGAUGUCACGUCCGGUUGAAGUUGCCGUCGCCCCGAAAACGUCUCUAUCUUAAGUUCCCUACUAUUGGUAACAGACCUUCGUGUCGUCCGUUUCGGUCUGUAAUCAUACUCGUGAUUAAACAAAUCGGACUCCGGCUACAUGGUUGUCCGGUUUUUUUAAUCACUCGUAUGAUUACAGACCGAGUUGGACUCCACUCAGUCCUGUUACCAUUACUUAUUAUCAUUGUCAUUAUUAUUGUCAUUAUCAUUAUCAUUUUCAAUAUUAUUAUUAUUAUUAUUAUUAUUAUUAUUAUUAUUAUUAUUAUUAUUAUUAUUAUUAUUAUUAUUAUUAUCAGUAUGAAUUUAUGAAAGGUCACAAGCGGCCCAAUAACGCGAAAGCUACCAAUAUAACACCUGAAAGAAAAAACGCCCAGGACACGAAAUACACCCUUUUUAACGAAAGGUGUGGUAACAGUUGGUAAAUUUUCAACAUGUUUUUCUAUCGUAGGAUGAAGGUAUGGACCAUAUUUAUGAGGUAAGUUUGGUGUCUUGCGCCAGUCGUGCACCAUAACAAUGUGGCCGUGGCGCUACAGACUUUUGAUCCGAUUCAUAAAAUCUAUUACACUUCAUUAGCAAGCCACUGCCGCUAGAAUUUAAGUGCACGGGUAAAGAGGGCGAAUACUUAACCUUGUGUUGGCAUCAUUCACUCAACGCGCUGAUACAUUUGCGACAUAAUCGUGGCAAUAUUUAAUACAUGCUCCAGAAAAAAAAUGAACAUUAAGCGUCUUAUGUGAAGUACACAAAUUACCAGGAGCAGUUCACUUAACAUCAAUUAUUUUAGGUAGGAAAGUCACUUGCUCGCGCUUGACAGCGCCUGCCUCCAAUCUAUCCCCCAGCCGCGGUAAAGCGGUCGUUGCAGCUUGCCAAUGAUGCGUUACAAUUUGAUGCGUGCCAUGCUGCAACUUAACGUCUAUUUCUGUAUCGACAGAUUUUAACGAUCGUGUUUCAAUAUCUGGAAUUACUAAGACAAAAAGGGCCGCAGGAAAGGUACGUAUGGAUAGGGAACUUUAGUUGUAAAUAAAUAAAUGAAUAAAUAAAUAAAUGAUAUGGAUAUGAAACCUCGGUUAAAAAUAAAUAAGUAAACGGGUUAAUAAAUGAAUGAACGAUUGAAUGAAAGAAUGGAUUAAUUAAUGGUUAAGUGAGUGAGUUAUUAACUGAAUGGCUAAAUGAAUGGAUAAUUGGAUGGAUGAAUGAAUGAAAGAAUUAUGGCAAUAAAUUUUGUAUCAGAAGAGAAUUAAGAGAUGUACUUGAGCAUUAUAAUUAAUACAGGUUCAGCCCUCUUGAAGGUGCAAACUGACUCUGUCUACGCAAAACUGUCUGUGUAAAGAAUUUGCUCAAGUGCCUGUGCCUUUGUCAUUAUGCGAAGACUUCAAACUGAUGUUAUACUAAUACACUGUUUCAUGCGACGAACCAAACUGGGUAAGCCAAGUUCAAGAUAAGUUCGACGUACGACUGUAAAUUGAAACGUUUCUCCGUAACCUUAAUAAUGACGUCAUGACGGUGCCGCAACGUGGGCUUUCUUGACUUGUUUUUGGGAAUAGAUAAAUUAUUAAGUAAAUGACGUAAUUAUUUAAAAACCGUUAUAUUCCGAACAUAAGCCCCACCAAAUAUAAGCCUGCCAAACUCGUAACGUAAAUCGCCCCUACAAACACAAGCCCCCGGGGGCUUGUACGCGGAAAUUGCCCUCAAAUUCAAAAUAAACACAGCAAAAACUGUACAGUAACUCAUACAUUUGGCAUUUGCCAAAGAACUUUCACGUGUACCAAAUGUUUGUAGUCAAUAAGUGUCAUAGUAUAUUGCUGUUUGCUUAUUUUACUCUUCAGUCUUGGCAUGGAUUUCCUCGGUUCAUAUAGACGGAGUACUGGCAUGGCUGCUUCUUAGAAAGAUCUACGUCCUUAAGGAGAGUUUCAGCAAAGACUAGCCGCAAAUUACUGUCACAAAUUUCCUUCCAACUAUAAGCUAGCCCAAUCGAUUUUGAGACGUAUAUUUCCCUCCCAGUAUAAGCCUGGGCGAUUUUAAAACGCAAAUUUCCCUCCGUGUAUAAGCCCCUCCAAAAAUAAGCCCCUCAAAAAGGGCCUUUGAAGAAUAUAAGCCCCGGGGCUUAUUUUCGGAAUUUCACGGUAUGUAAUGCAUUUUCGUACCAUGCUAGGUAAGCAUAUUACCUCUGAUUGUUUACAGGAUAUACAAGGAACUUCAGACUAUUGAAAAUAAUGAGUUCAGAUUUCAAGAACAGGUAAUAUAUUUCCUUUAUUUGUUUAUACAUUUGUUUGUUAAAUCUAAUUAUCGAUGCAAUUAAUUAUGUGAGCGCAGUGGUAUACGACGAACGUUGUGCCAUUACGUUGCUGGAUUCAACGCGACGGCUACCAAAACGUGGAAAAACCUGAUUUCAAUUCACUGGUAUUAAUAACUUUUACUUUGCUUUUGACUGGAAUCUGUUAUAAGGUUUUAUUGGUGUAAAUGCGGAUGCCAGAACAUGCAUGUUUGUCACGCGCGUAAGGCACAAGAUAGUGUAUUUGGUAAGUAGUGAUAGCUCCUCCAUCAGGGUUUAUGGAACUCCGAAGGAGGCCUGAUACAUCCACAUUCACUGGUUCUUUUCAUCGUACUAACCCAGCGUACUCGCGUGGUUGAUUUUGUCAAUAAAGUGGAGUGGUUAAUGGGUACUCCAUUUUAAACACUUAAAAUUUACUCAAAACCUUUCUCUGAAACCAAAUGUUUUAUUCUUCAAUAUUUCUUGAAUAGCCUUUUGUAGUUGUUGCUUAAACUCAUGAUACCAUUUACAGUCGAACCUCCACUAAUGGCCACCUCUCUACAACAGUCACAUUUUUGUUUUGUCAUGGCGGAAAGUCCAUACAUUGACUCUUGUUUAAACCUGUCUACAACGGCCACUAAGCGCGGCCCAAACUGCCAAAAUAACCUCGAGACAACGGCCAGUUUUGUUUGUUUGUUUGUUUGUUUGUUUUUGUUUUCAUUGACUGACAAAAAGUCAAGAAUGGUCGUGAAAUUUAAUCCGUAUGGCGCCUUGAACAUUAAUUGCGGCUAUCGUAUUUUGAUUGUGUUGAAUUUAUACUGCUGCAGUAAGCAUUAACUGUCUACCAUAUUUCUAGCGAAUAUUGCGAUCCUUGCUCGUUUUGUCACGUUGGCGUUUUGUUUUUUUCGUGUUUUAUUUUAUAUAUUAUAAAUGAUUCCAUUACUGUUAACGAAUACAGUUAGCAUAAGCUUGGCACAAUAAAAACGUUGUACUGACUCCCCUUAAUGACCACUGUUUUCUGUCCCCAAGGUGGCCAUUGUGGAGAGGUUCGACUGUAUAUAUUUAUUUGUUUAUUUUACUGUAGUUAGAGAAUUUGUUCGUUCAUUUUCAGUGCGAGCCGUACGACUAUGUCGAGGACCUUGUAGAAAAUAUGCAGGUAUGAUGUAGAACUUAGUUUAAAACACUCGAGUCGAGUAUUUUAUUCGCGAUUUCUCAAACAGAUCACAAGUUUAGGUAUUAUUUGUUCCCUCCCAAGUAGUAUCUGUGAGGCUAAUUUGUCAAAUAAAUGUCUUGUUCUGUUUGCCUUUUCCAGCUUUGUGUUGCAAACAAAUUUGCACCUUUCAUAGGCGACCAAUUUUUCAGGGUUGUUGUUUUGUUUGUUUGUUUUUUUUUUUUCAGAUUAGUAUUACCUCGCUUAGUCCAAAUUUAUCAGCCACUAUGACUGCUAAUUUAGAAACCGUAUUGCCAUUUCUAGUUACAUACAUACAUACGUACUUUAUUCGUUCCAAAAGGGCUUUUUAGUAUAAAGAUAACAUUGAUAAUUAAUGUAUAAUACAAACGGAGCCGAUGAACAACAGAAGUUAUUAACUAAAAGUGGUAAAAACUAUGUACACCGAUAACUGAGUAAAAACUGGACCAAAAAAAAAAAAGGUCUUACUAUGUCUAUGAUCAUAUUUCCUUGUGUUGCUAACAAUACGGAUUUAGUUGACUUACCAAAGUGGUAACCGGGUACUUACCCUAUUUUUUCGUAUUACCUAGAGAGACAAACUUAAAACCUGCUUCGCAAUACGAGUUUGUUUUCCAUCUUGUCUAAGAAAAUGCUGCAUGAACUUGCGAUGAAAUACCCAUCUCAUGCUUGUAUUGUCUUUGAUAGCUGUACCCAGUAGAAGAUUAUUUAACAGGAGACAACCUCAUGUGGGAAUUCAACGAAGAGGUAGUUUAAAAAUUAUAGAUUUAGCCGAGACUAAAGGCGAAGCUCCCGUUAAUAAUAUAUUGCAAUAAAAAAUCCAAUUAGAGUUGUCUGCAAUCAUGAUACUGGUCAGCGGAUACCCUGUUUUGAUAGCUGGCAAUUCACCACAACAUGGAUGUGCAAUAUCAGGUUGCAGGUUUCCAGACAUAACUGUGAACAUUUCCCAUUGGGUGCCUUGCGGACGGACAGGCGGAUGGACGUACGAUCAUGCGACUACCAAAAUUUCCUGGAUGGAUACGUCACCCUAACCAAAUUUUCUUCGCUAUGGGGUACCACUCGCGCGUGCGUGGAGCUUCGCUAAAAAUUCACUUACGCUCUGUUGCGACAUACUGAUGAUUUUGCUUGACUCAUAAAUGGCUUUUGCUGAGAGCGGUUCAAGAAUUUGGAACAAAGACGCGUGUAUGGUCGUGUCGUUACACUGAAGUUUCGAUAAUAACACCCAACCCCAACCACGCCCAUCUACAGACAGUUUGACAACCUUGCUUAGUUGUAGCUGGUUUCCAAAAAAUAGCCGGGGUUUUGGACCAGUCAGAAACGGGAAUUUUUGUUGGAUAGAUGUCAAUUAAGAUAACUAAAAAUUUAACCCUGCUGGUUUCUUUGCGCAUGUUUGUAGGUAAUUCAGAAUGUACAAAACCUUUUAACGCCAGAAAGAGCCAACAUCAUGCUGUUAUCAAAGAAGUUUGGCGAGGAGUGCACUGAUUAUGAACCUUGGUUCCAGACCCCCUACAACUGUUCUGGUAUGUGGUGUUGCACUGACUAGUUUUCAUUACUCCAUGGUGCUUCGUGUGUGAUCCGCUGGCGCGGCAAGAAAAAAAAAGAAACAAACGAACAAACAAAGAAAAAUAACCUUUUAGAAUGUGAUCAUCUAUGUGGAAGACUGUGAGCAGUCUCUUAUUUCUCUUUGCAAAAUUGCUCCACGAAUGAGCCAUGCACGCAACCGUUGAAGCUUCGAGGCAGCGCCUUUGUUUGCAGCCUCUCUGGCUGGGAUAAGAAAUGGACGGAUUUUAAGAGAAAAGGAGGAUUCAUGUGACGAUUUGUUCAUUGCAGCGAAGCAUCUCCUCACAGAAAAGAAAAGGUCUAUGCACGAGCUUAAUAGCCCAUCUGGCCGGAGCUUAGUACCCCGUUUUGCAAAGCAUGAAGCGACUAGGAAUAUGUAUUAUAGUCCAAUGCAGGGUGAUGCACUCCUUUGUAAUUAAUACUUAGCAAUUAUUGGAUAAGGCUGCUAGUAUGUUCUUAAGAAUUCGGUCUCGCCGAUUACAUCGUCCGAGAUGUGCAUUAUUCUUCAGAUCUCUAAGAAAGCCGAAUCCAAUAAUAGUCUUCACUUAAUAUAAUCUCUACUUUAAAAAACAAGCUGAAACAUGCUUACCUCGAUCGAUGUUAAACUCGUGUCUUCAUUCGCCUGCUUCUCGAUAAGUCUAGUAGACAUUCUUCAAAUAGCACAUGUCAGCCGUCGAGUUGUAUUAUUUUUGUUCUUUCUAUGCUGUGAAGCAGUAUCUCGGCUAUUUUUUUCUUUUUUUUUUUAAACGUUUGAAAUGUUCGGCCAUUUUAUCUUCCCUAGCUAGGGCUUCUUAGUUGCCGUCCCUCUUUUCUGGUGAUUAUUCUGUACUAUCACCGUAAUUUUUAAGGAGUUAUUAUAACUCCAAAAAUGAAGUAAAAAUUUGAGGUACAGGAUAACCCCUUUUUGGGGGUUACUUUAACUCCUAAUUUAACUCCAAAUUUGGGGUCAUUUUUACUCCGGAAAAAGAACUCUUUUUACUCCCAGUCUGGAGUUAAAAUGACUCCGAAAAUGGGGUUAUUUUUACUCCUUGCAUGGGUUGUUUUUACUCUUUUUCGAGUUAAUUUAACUCUGAAAGUGAAGUAAAAAUUUUAGGUACAGGAUAACUCCGUUUUGGGGGUUACUUUAACUCUUCAAUAUCGGGGAUCAUUUUUACUCACGAAAAAGAGUUCUUUAAACUCCUUUUUGGAGUUAAAAUAACGCCACUGUAAGGAGUUAAAUUAACCCCACUAGAGGAGUUAUCAUAACUCCUUGAAAAUUACUGUGAUUGAUGGCAUUUUCCAAAUAUCGCUAGUGUCUUCCAAAUUCUGCCAGCGCUAGCUGGUUACGAGGGGUUAGGUGUGGUAUUUGAGCCAAUGAGAAAAGGAGAAAUAUUUUGAAUCAAUAAUACACCUUUAAUUGAUAUUGGUGGUUUAUAUGAUCCUAAAGGGACCAAACAUGGAGCGUUUUUUAUCUAAGUGGCUGAAAUGUUAUUGUUAUUGCUCGGCUUUGUACUGCCGCCCUUUGUUACUAGUUAAUGAAACGCGUGCGAUCUGUUCAGCCAAUCAACAAAGUUGGAAAGCGACAAGUUACGUAUUAAAAUGUUUAAAGUACUCUCUUGUUACGUUUAAUUUCAGAUAUUGACUCAGAGUGGCUUGAACAAUGGAAAAGUAAGUCUUUAAGUGCCUUCCUUCUUGUAGUUGCUCUGCCGGGUUGAUUUCCACGGCAUAAAGUGUGACAAUAAACAAGACAAUAAACUAGUUGCUUAGCUCCCUAGCCGUAGGAAACAGAGAACAUUUCUUGACCCUAAGACUUGUUUACCCGAUAAAUCAUGUCUAGGGAAGGUAAAGGGUAAGAUUAGUGCGCACACGAGCCAAAAUGGUCGGAGCUCAUCCCGGUUUCAUUAGCAUGAUGCACGCUUGGGAGUAUCGCUACUCCUCCCUGGAAGGGAUGCUAGUCCAUCGCAGGGUUACCCCCAACAGUAUGUCGCUCGUACCCAUUUAUACAUCUGGGCCCAGUUGUUCGAUGGUCGAUUAGCGUUUAACCCAGGGUUAAAUGUAACCCGGUUUCUUUUUCUCUUGUUCAAAAGCUUUUUCUUGGAUAAUUUCUCUGUUAUUUUAAGAGCAUCCAAUCAUCAGUUUGUUCAUGUACUUUUUAAGCGUUCUUACCUGAAUUCAAAUUUUGAAGUAACCCUAGCUUAACCCAGCUUUGAACAACUCGGCCCAGGGUAAAGAGAAACAAAGUGGAAUACGUUCCUUGUCUAAGGAGACAUUGCGACGGGCGAGGCUUGAACCCCAGACCUCCGGAUCCGGAGUUCGAGGUGUUAACCGCUCGGCCACACACGCCUCCUCAUGUCUAGGGAACGUGUGCAGAAAUUCCUUACUGAUGACUUGUCACUACCCAGAUCUGGGUAGUGCUUCUGAUUGGCCGUGCCGCGAGGGAAAUUUGCUUUAGCUAAUCAGACCAAAGCACCACCCAGAUUUGGGUAGUCACACGUCAUCAACAUGGAAUUUCUGCGCUCGUUUCUCAGACGUUAUUCCGAGGGGAAAUCAUUUGUGGUAUCGGGUCUUACUGAGCUACCACGUUUUUCUACAGUUAGUGGGGAACGUUUAAAAUGCAAAGUCCAUGUGAUCAACCUUAGCUCGAUAUGCUAACAUAACCGAAUUGACAUUCCAGGCGCUGUAGUAUGGGUCAUGUAGCAGCUGCUCGGGAGAGAAGUCACCAAUGGUGCCUAACCCUGAUCCCAAACAACACUGAAACAUUGAAAAAAUGACAUGUCAUUGUUUUCUGCGACCAAUCAGGAGAAACCUUGUGAGCAGCUCCUACACAACUGUAUAAUAUUGCUUCCCGAAACAGACAUAUUCCAACGAAGUAAAUUUGUUUCCUUUUACCCUUCCUCGUAAGCUACAGGAAGAAUUCGUAACAGCUUUCACUGUAACUAUUUCUUGUUCGUUUGGCUUCAGUUAUGAUUGUUCCAUUAACCAAUUCGUGGAGCAAGGGUGGAGCAGUGGUGAGAGCACUCGCCUCUCACCAAUGUGGCCCGGGUUUGAAUCCCUUCUCUGUAAAAACCAACACUUCCAAAUUCUCAAUUCGAUCUGUAAGUGCCCCGUGGGUAAACAAUUAUUGUUGAAUUGAAAUUGAACGCUUUCCCUCUAUUUAUUUAUUUAUUUAUUUAUUUGUUUUUGUAGAUCUUUCUCUAAAUCCAGAGCUUCAUAUUCCUGAAGAAAAUAAAUUCAUCGGUAAGUGAUGAUUCGAUGAAGCCGUUACUUUAUCAUACCACACAAAAAUUUACUCUCUGAGGUCACAUCCUAGUUAAGGUUUAAGUAAGGGAAAAGUAAUAACACCUAAUUACAGUUAGUAGUUGCGCUUAUCGCACUUUUUGUUUAUUUAUUUUUCCAUUUAUUUAAUAUGUUUUACCCGUUUCGGUCUAUCUGUGACUGGUCAUGCCACGCUCUUUUCUGAAAGAGAGGAGAAGUGUGUGACAAGCUGCUAAGGAGACUGUUCAUAAGAGUAAAGAAGUUGAAAUAUGUGCCACUUGUGUAACGUUGAUCUUGUAAUGAUCUUGUAAUGAAAACUUUCCUUAGUUUAAAAAGGCCUUUUUAGUUUCACUGUCAGUCGUAGACAAUUUGCAGUACAUGUAUUAUGAUACAUUUUACUAAUACUUGUACUCGCUAGUUUGGCACCGCCGUACCUUGCCCAUCGGAGCUUAGUAAGAGGCAAGGCGUCCCUUUUUUCAUUUUGCUUGAGUGAAGUGUGAGGGCAGUGUUCGAUUUAAAUGAGUAAUGUAAGGAAUUUUAGGAGCGGGACCUGCCGGUUGUAGCGAAAGCUGAUGAUAAUUCCUAUUUGCUUAUUUACAGCAACUGAAUUUGAAAUCAAAGAUCCUGACAGGACGAUAUCCGAGGUAGAGAUGACAUAAAUCUCAAUUGUAUUCACCAAGUGUUUAACUCUUUGUAGUUGUUAGACAACAAGUCAUUACGAACGGAUAACUGAACUGAAGUUUGCCGUCACGAUCAUGUUGACUUAUUUUGUUGCAAUUUCAGUUUCCAGAACUAGUUCAUGAUUCUCCUCUUGGAAAGGUCUGGUACUUAAAGGACACGAAAUUCAAAAUGCCCCGAGGUUUGUAAUUCCUCGUCCUCCAGUUUUACUUGCGGACACUUGGUCACCUCUCUUCCCCGUAGAUGCCUCUUUGUAUCGUCAUGUAUCGUAGGGGGAGCUAGAGAGAGGGAAAAAGAAAGCCGACGGGGAACGAUGGGAAGGGGAAAGAGAAGAGGCGAGGCUCCCGCCCUUUUCCUCCUCCCAUCGUACCCCGCGCGCUUUCUAUUUUUCGAUUAUUGAUAUUUUAUUGGGAUACUUAGCGGGAGCCUCUGCGGAGGAGAGAGCUUGGACUCUUGUCUCAGUGUCAUGCUGCUUUCUAGUAGACCAUUCCUAUGCUAAUGUUGGUGCCUUAUAUUGAACCUACGUUAUGUUGAAAUUACAUGUUCUUAAACUUUAUGAACAGCUGAUAGCAUUUGAAGUUGCGUUUGUGUAAUUUUUUUUUUUUCUGACAUCGCCGAGGUGUAACGUUUUCCUUUUAUUAACAGAGAGGAAGCAUUAAGCUUCCCACGCAGACGCUCUUUUGGCUAAAGGCGUUACGAAGCCCUUAAAACGUCUGCAUGUGAGGUUAGGCAUUCUACUUACGGCGAAACUCGUAGGCGUUUGGAAUUCUUUGCAUGUUCUUGUACUGUGUUUAACUUUUUUUUAUGUUUUUCUGUAUCCAGCAAGGUUUUAUUUUCACCUCAUUUCGCCGCUUCUAAGCUCCAGUCCUGAAAGGUGAGAAGCGUCUUUUUUUUAACGUUUUUCAAUUCGGUCAUUACAUUUCUUGAUCCGAUGGGGGCUGGGGACUGGGGGCGGGGGUGGCAAUUUCGUGAAUUGUGAACACGCCUGGGGCAAAUUCCAGUGUGAUUCUUGUCUCCUACGCAGCGGUAGUGUGUUGAAAAAGUGCUGAACGUUAACCGUUUUAUGCCUUGUCACGCAACUUGUCCUCCCGAGCAGCAUUGCGUGACGAGUUCAACAGUGGCUGCCAAGGGGCGGAAAUCCUUCAGUCUCAUCUUAUUUGAAAAGGUCCUUGCACUAACUUGAAAGUCCAACAAUCAUGGACACAAGUUGGCUUGUUUGAUGUUCUCCCUGUUUGAGUACUUAGUAACACAACCAUGGUUGGUGAGAGAAGAGGGGGGAGGGGUGGGGGCUUUGUCUCUAGUAGUGAGGCUUCACCCCAUAUAAACUCCAGGCUUUAAGUUCGGGCCUCCCCAUCACUAUCUUUUUCUGCAUACUUUCCUUUAAACUCUACAACCUGUAACGUGACAAAACAAACCAAUCAAAUCAAUCAAUGCCGCGGAAGCAACGUUUCUUUUAACUUUAUAUUUAUUUAUUUUUUUAUUAUUAUUUUUUUUAUUUUUCAGCAUGGUUCUAGCAGACAUGUUCCUAAGUGUAUUGGAGUAUAACUUGAAGGAAAUCGCCUACGCUGCUGAUGUUGCUCAACUAGCGUAUGUCUAAAAGUUUUCGUUCUUUUUAUUUUCUUUCGCCUUAUCUAAAUGAUCGAUCUAUUAAUGUAUGAUACAGUGAAUGGAAAUAUACCUAGUUACUUAAGCGAUCUUUUCUCGAAUGUCUGUGAGAACAACCCUUAUAAGUCUAUGCUAAGAAAUGCGGAGUAUAAUGUUGUACUGGACCACGUUCCAAAAACAGAAUAUUAUAAGGGGUCUUUCUCAUACAGAGGAGGAAUGCUGUGGAAUUCUUUACCAAAUGACAUAAAAGCGUCCAAAUCUAAAGCUAUCUUUAAAAGAAAACUGGCUAGUAGGCAGGCAAACUGUUGACUACAUUUUACUAUAUUUUAUUAUUUGUACAUAUUUUUAGUGUAGUUGUACAGUAUUUACUUCUGUUUCUAUACGGCUUUCAUGUAAAGAAGUUAUGUAACUUAUGAAAUAACCGUAUUCAAAUAAAAGUGAAUCAAUCAAUCAAUCAAUCUCCCUUGACAAGCUAUCCUUAAUCGUCUAAACAUGAAAACCUUACAAGGGUUACCUUUUUAAAGAAAUACCUAUCAAGUUAUACAAAAGAUGUACUCGCGUUAAAAAUACUUCAGUGGUGUUUUGUUAUUUGCCUCAAAAGGCAUUAGUUUAAUUUCGAGGGCCAAAUGAUCGAGGCGCUUUAAGCAGCUAACAGAGUAACUACAAACGUUUUGUUUCUUAGGUACUCUAUGACGAUCAGCGAAACUGGGAUUGUACUUAAACUGGAUGGAUUUAACGACAAAUUAGCGGUGUGUGACAAUUUCUCCGACCUUAACUUCGGCGCGAAAUUUCAGCAUUACUUUGUACUUUCACAUCUGAAAUUGCAAAAUUGCCGUGGCAACGUUCGUACGUCUCAAUGCCUAGCUUGAUUCUCCGACGUCCGAGGUCGUUCGCGGUCCCUUUCCUUUCAACGACCUCGGACGUCUGAGAAUCAGGCUCAUCAAGAAGGAUUUUAACAGGUAUUUUGUCGAAAAAUUCAGAAACUUGUGAACGUAAGCCAACAUUUAUGCUCUAAACUUUUCAGUGCGUGGAGUUCUCUUGUGAGCGUAAAUUGUCCCUCGUGAUAUAUAAUACGUAUUCAAAAACUCAUCAAUAAUUUGUAAAGAAAAAACAAAAGAAGUUAAUGUUUAAUGAGUGUCUUUGUAUCUGCUAAAGACACGGCUAAACUUUUCGUCCAAUUUUGUAGCCCAGAUUAACCCGAAAUCCGUUCAAAAAACUCACAGUCGUGCAUUAUCAGUUGUAAAAACUCUCGGCUUGGCCUCGAGUUUUUAAACCUAAUAUUAUACUCCUGCUCGUUUUUUUUUUACACAGUACAUCAUUUAGCAAACUCGUGAGAUAAUUUCACCCGUCAUCAUUUGAUUACACAUACUUAACCAAAUUCAGCAAAUAAUAAUAAUAGUAAUAAUAAACAAUAAAAGAAACGUUUAAAUAAUAUAUCCGUUUCAGUAACAAAAUAUGUUGAUUUGUUUGCUUAUUAUUUCAUUUAAGCAUAGUUAGUAGGGGAGACUGGAUAUGAAAGCCGGCAAAUAUCAAAGUUGAAAAUAACGGUGCUGUAGUUUAUGUUGGCAGCUCCCUGACCAUGCACAAUCCUUUGCUUUUUGUUCACAAAUUGUCUGAAUAAAUUAAUGCGAUAAUCAGUCAAUAAAUUGAAAAUUGAACGUUGUGCACGGUCAGGUCCAAAAGAGCUACUGUAGCAAAAACAUGAAACAAAAGGCGUCUGACGAGUUUCAUAACAAUUCCAUUUUAAUAACUGUUAUUUAAGUUGUUAUCAUCAUCAUCAUCAUCAUCAUCAUCAUCAUCAUCAUCAUCAUCAUCAUCAUCAUCAUUAUUAUUAUAUCUUUUAUUUUAUUCUACUUUACUAUCAUUAUUUUUGUAUUGACGCCAUACUAAACUAGGUGUCAGGGUGGUGACAUUAGCUACUAUUCUUACGUUAUAAACAUUCACCUAUUAGCGCUCUUAUGCAGCAACGAGAGCGAUGGAAAUUGCACUACUGAUAAGUACUCAAGCAACAGGUGUACUUUCAUUAUCCCUAAACAGAUUUAAAGUUAUCAAGAUUAUAGACAUCGAAAUCACGUUUACGUUUAAAUAUACUGACAAGUUUUGUUUGUGUUGUAGCUGCUAUUCGACACAGUCAUUAAUCACAUUGCAGAUUUUACUAUCAGUCCCCAAACGUUUGAAAUGGUCAAGGUAAGCCUGUCCGCUUGCAAUUUUUGGCUUGUAUUUCUGUUUCCUACAUUUUACGUGCCCUCUGUGAAGACGUUCUAUUAAUCCAUGCAGAGCUUCGUAGUAAGUUCCUCGUGGUUUUAUGGUACGCAAUGACCAUAACUACAGCAGCAGAAACAACAACAACAACAACAACAACAAAAUACCAAAACGACGAAACUUACAUGUAAUGGAAUUAAAUAACAAAAAAGAUAUAUUGGUUUCCUAAAAAAACUAAAGUCAUGAUAGCAAGGCUGGGAAGUCAAUUACAUGAGAUAGAUUGCAAUGCUAGGGUCGGACGAACUCAUAAAAAACAGACGACACACAACACAAACACUCCGUUACUACCCAUCUACAGUUUUUAAAUACUUGAGCCCGGCUGGGUCGCUUAGCCGAGGUGACUUUUUCCCGGUAUUACGCCAUCUCGAUACUGGGACCCAAGCUAACACUAUUAUAGGUUGACUAGGUUUUUAUGCAAUCAAGAAACUAAUUUUGUUGCGUUAUACUAAUAUGCCGUUAUCUUGGCAAAAAAAUUCAACCUGGUAAACUGGGCCAGCCCAGAACUUGUAAUCAGCCUUUACCAAAUCAAAUAACUACUACCAUUAUAGGGAAACGUGAAAUCGAUCAUAAAAAGAUGCACUGCACAUACAUCUUAGAAAACGUAUACUCACAAUAGAAUUAUUACUUCUAAAUAUUAAUGAUAAUAAUAAAAAAAAAUUCCUCAGUUCGGAGCCUCACGUUCGGAAGUGAUGGUACUGAAAACCUUCUCCAUAUUAGACAUAGGUAUAUCCGUAUGUCUCUCCGUGUCUAACGGAUACUCCCUCUGUACUCGUUAUAUUUCACUUCCUAGUCAUCAACAUGCUUCAUCUAUCCCGGCGCGAUUGAUCUUGGCAAUCGAGUGAGCUGCCGGAUGUUUUGUUGUUGAGUCACUUCUAAUUUAUUUACCAAUUCGUGUUCUAUUUAUAUUUGUAGCGUAAGCUGAUGAGGUCUUACCGUAACACAAUAAUCAAACCACAGAAGUUAGUCAGGUAAGGUCCCAUUACUGCAAAGUUCGACCCGUGGUUAACGUAGAAGCAAAUUCAGAAUAUAGGUAAAAUAUAAAAGGCAAUAAUCCGGAGCUUAUAUUAUCCAUUUACACCUUUUGCUGCUUCCUGCCAAUGCCUGAGUGCCUGCUACACGAUGCUCAGAAAUGAACUGUGAGGUGAAACCACCAAAGGCGCGCGUUUUUGGAUGUCAUCUUUAAGGCUUUUGGCUCAAUUGAGUCAGUGAAAGCUGGCAAUUUUCAUUAGCUUUUCAUUAAUCCAUUCGCCUCAGGGAAUUUUGCCGAAAAGCGUGUUUUGAAGCUAGCCGAGCCGUUUUCAAGUCUCUGUAUGGUUAUAAACAGCCAUAUAGCGCAACAGUUUUUUGUCCAUUGAAUAAAAAGGAAGAACCACCAAAGACUCCAUCAUUUACUCUGGGAUUAAGUGAGAUAUGUUAACCCUUUAAGCCCUAAGAGUGAUCAGCAUCAAAUUUCUCCUUGUGAUACCAAUGCUUUGUAAAACAAAGUGGUCAUACGAAUUACGCACAUCAUCACACAAGAUGAAUUUGCUUGAUAUUUUAUCAACUUCUCCCCACUACGUCUGUAGGAAAUGAAUAGAGGCAAGAAAUGAGAAUUCAAAUUUUGAUCGUAGGGUUUAAAGGGUUAAUUAUGUAUAAUUUUCUUUCGGAAUGAUUUAUUUAUUUUGAUCGAUAAGCCAUUCAACCGAUAUGCAAGCACCAAGAAGUGGGUAAAAAAACCCUUUUUUAUUUAUUUAUUUAUUAUUUAUUUACUUAUCUGUCUAGAUUUAUGAAAAAGGUACCUACAAAAAACUUCAAGCCCGUUUUAACAAUUUGACCCUUGAGAUGAAUAAAAAGCUGUUGAAAGUCGCUAGUUAAGGCUUAACAAAACGAUGACUUAAUUGCUGGCAACACACGAAAAGUCGCUCUCGGCAAAAGCGGCAGGAUUUUAAUUUGUCAUGAAAUUAACAACAUUUAAAAGCACAGAAAUUUCGAAAUUAUAGCGGUCCGGACAGAUGUAAACAGUAUUAUAAACACGUGAUUUUAUGUCUACUGCAGCUUGCUAUAGAAUAUGUGUACUCAAAACUUCAUAACAAAGCAAAAAUGGUAAAGUAAACAAGCCUAAAUUGAGUAUGUUGUUUAAAAAUCCUGAAGGUAUCUUUUUGCAAAUCCAGACCGUUGUUUAUUUAUUCAUUUUAUGAUAAUUAUUGUUUUAUUUAUUUAUUUAUUUUUUUUAAUUUUUAAUUUUUUUUUUUUUCAGGUCUGUACGUUUGUCCAUCUUGCAACAUGUUAAGUGGACGACUGUGGAUAAACGUAGCGUUAUUCCUGAUAUUUCAAUGGAGACACUAAAGGUUGGUAAUACAAGUAGACUGUUGAGCAGGAAGUAAUUUCAUAGAAGGAGCGAAAUAACUUAAUUAUCAGCUUAAAAAUGUGAUUGCGGAAAGAUUCUUUUCAAGUGACAUUUCUUUCCCUUGAAUUGUCACGUGUCAAGCACGAGACACGGAGUCAGAAAACGUCCAUUAAGCUAAUAAUAAUGAUCAUGAUAAUAAUGACAGCAAUAAUUUAGUAGGUUUUGCAAGUUUGUCCCCAGUCAUCUGGGAGCUACGCUCUCCUUUCUUCAACGAUAGCUUUGAUAUGAAUGGUACCAAGAGGGGCUUUCUUUUCAGUUUUGAGAACUCCAUUUAAUAGACAUUUUUAUAUCUGAACACAAGGUACAUUAAGUGCUCGUUUCUUUACUUUGCAGAAUUUCGUAUCUGCUUUCAAGUCAAAGUUGUUUGUGGAGAGCUUAAUUCAAGGAAAUAUAACAUGUCGGGUAAACCGCCUUUAUAUCGAAUAUGAAGCUUAAGUCUUUAGAGUAUGAUAUUCGGUUGCCUUAACCGCGUGUCUGAGACCCGAAACCCAUGGAGGGUGACGUCGACGUAUUGCACCCCACCCUCAGCGAUCCCAACAUCAAACUCAGACUGUAAUAGUCUCAGGAUUCUAAAAAACGGCCGGCAGCCGGCGAAGAUCACCACCUACCUCGCCACAUUCAUCAUCUGUAACGCCGCCUUCUUCAAAACUUGUUGAAACCAUUGCCGGGAAACAAAAUCGUUUUCGAAUAUAGAGAAUGUUAGUGAAUCGUGUCAAUGUAGUCUUCUUAUGUCUUCAAGGCAUAAUUGACGUACUUUCGCCUUUUUAAGCUGGGAAAAUAUUUGCGUACGAAACAAUAACUUCAGGGGUAGGGAAAAAUUUAAAAUCCUAAGAAGGCUUGGCCAACCAGCCAAAUAACCCGCAGUCCACGGUGGUUGUUGAAAACACAAAUAGUUUGACAUUCCGUGGCUAAUUUAAUAACCAUUUUACGAAGUCAAAAGAGUAAAUCACAUCCAGACGUUUCUAUCAAAAUUUUUUUGCUACCUACCUUUUCCUUGAUUUACCAUUGGGAGGAUUGAGAUGAAACUUGGUAUUAGUACUACUACCUUCACAAAUGAUCCGCCAAGGGAGAGAACAACAAACAAACAAACAAUAAAAGAGAAGUUAAAAAGGGAUUGAGAAACACGUAAAAAUCGGGUGGUGGGCUAGUUGGCAACAAGCAUUGGGAACCAAAAUGAAAUGGUUGCGGAAGUUCCCAUUUUAUCGCUGUAUAAGUUUGUUUUUUCAUGCGUGUGUGAAAACUUGUACUUAUACCUUACAUGUUCCCUCUUAUAAGUCGAUAUAGUAUUGCGCAGUAAGAGACACUGUCAGCGCGUGUACCUUGAAAUCGUUCAUUUUUUUUCUCUCUCUCUCUCUCUCUCUCUUUAGGAAGCGAUCUCCUUACAAGAACAGUUGUACAAGUACGUAAUUCUAAGUGUUCUAAGUAAUACUGCAAUAGUAAUAUCUCUUGUUUCGAUUAACGGUUAUUUCCACCGUAUGUGAAUUUAUUUUCUUUUAUUGGAAAUUUUCUGAUAUAUUAAACACGCUUUGUCAGUCUUCUUUAAUCAGGUCCUUUUGUUUUACAUUUGUACUUUGUUAAGGUGUUUAUAACAAUACAAUGUCAGUGGUUAGGGCGUAGCAUCUCCGAAUUCGAGUCCCUCUGUGACUUGUAUCUUUCUCCCUCGGUCAGUUCUCCGGUGGGCGUUUUCUUGGGGAGGGGUGGGAGUGUCGAGCCCUUGAAUCAUGGUUGCGGUGUGCGCGUGUAUGACAGAAGGCAGAGAAUGGGAUGGGCGAGACAUUUCGACCUAUGUCUACUCUAUAGAUUAACGUAGGGGACGCAAAAGUGUUAAGUGAGUAUACAUGUGAAUUUUAUCCUCUCGAUAAACUUAAUAUACUUGCGCCCUAAAAUAACUCGAAAGAAAAAUUCGACGUUGCAAUUACCGAUACAGAUCGACUCUCCAUGGUAUCUGUAAAUUUGUUAUUUCAUAUUCAAUGUAUUUCUUUUCCAUGCUUCUUUUUCAUUAUUCCUUUCAAGUCCCUUACAAUCCGUAGAAACAAGAAGGGAUUUGUCCAGCAAAUGUGUCCAGCAAUGGUUUCUGGAAUCGUUAUUGGGGACGCGCGGGUCAGCCAUUGGCCAAUUAUUUUCCCUGUCCCCAGUAACCGUCCCAUAAGUCUUUGCGAAAGUUAACACGUUUCUUAAGCGGCGAUUUAGUGAGACAAAAACUUAGGCCGUUCUCUAAUGGAAUCAGCCGUUUUCAGUUGGUUGGGCUGGUUCGGUUUUUCGUGUUCCGUUAGUUGGUUUAGUUGGUCAGUUCUAAGAAACUAGUAAGCCUUAGGUUGAAGUAUUAGCUGACCUGUCUCCAGGCAUCGAUUUUCGUAUUUUAGUCUUUGUCGUGAAUGUCGAGAACGUCUAAGUAAACCCCCGACCCAUUCGCAACCAUGUUUCAUAGCUCGUCCAUUAGCCAGAACGGUUGAUCAAAGAAGAAAGCGACCAAUACAUGAACGGUAUGUAAUUAAAAUGAACCGUGAAAUUUAUGUAUGGAAUUUCUUUUCUCAUGUUAACAGUAAGCUCCAGUUUUUGCCGCUCCAAAGUUGUUUUCACCCUGAGGUAGGUCUUAGAUUAUUUGAUAGGGCUUGUUGAGAACCGUAACUGUACUCAUGGAGCGAAAAAGUGACUUGUCAUCCCUAAUUCCUAACUUGGGUAUAACAAAAGAACGAACACACUUGGCAAAAAUCUGAGACACGGUUUCGAAGUCAAACGUGAUAGGAUUGCCAUCUAAAAUCGGUUUCUUUCGCUUGUUUCUUAGGCUGGCCUGGACUUAAACUUAAAAAUACAUCCUCUUUCGCUAAAGGCACGUUUCUGAAACACGUGAACAUUUUGGAUUUUUUUAAAGAAAUUAUCAGUAAUGUGGAGAUAUUAAAAGUUUUCUGAAAAUGUGCAAUUUGUAGGGGGUACGGUGUAUCUAUUAAAACUACAAUUGCGAGAGGACAGUGAGAAUUGUGUUCAUGUGGUCUCCACGUGCAUUGUAGCUAAAAAAUAAUGAAUGUUUGUUUGGGUUCAGAUUCGAGUUAUCCAACUGCCUGAAAGCGAGUGCAUUUGUCGUGUGAUGAGCUUUAACAAGGAAGAUGAUAACACUGUUGUUACAAAUUAUUACCAGGUAAGUUGAUUAGAGAGGAGAUGCCUUUACGUCACGUUGCCAUGGUAGCAAAAUUUUUGGAUGACAACGAACCGAAAAAGUCACUUAAAAGGCUAUUCGCACUAUUUCAAACUUCACCGAUCUUAUUCAGUUUCAUUUAAUUUGGCAAAUCGUGGUGCAACGACGGCAAAGAAAUGUACAAAACAGCGUGAUGCACGUGCAAAGUCGUUAAGUUGUUGUUUGUUAAUAUAAACAUCUUAUUUUUUGCUGUUCUUCUUGCCAUCACCGUCGUCGUUGGUUUUGUUGUCAUCCAGAAAUAGUGCUACCAUGGUAACAUGACGUCACACUUCUGGUUCACUUGCCUUCCAUAUUGACAAUGAAAGUCCUGUGAUUAAGUAAGUAAGUAAGUAAUUUUAUUUAACCACAUAUCGCAUAUGAGCGAUAGCUCGUUUAAAUGCAAAUGUGCCAUAAAAAUUACAACGUGAUAAUUUACAUAAUCUACAUGUACAAGUAAUGAAUAAAAAUAAAAAAUAGAAAAAUUAAACCAACUAAAAGAUAAUAAUAAUUUAAAAAGAAAAAAUAUUGGUAAUCAGAUUGUCUAUUUACAAAAUUCACAGUUGCAGUCAUACGAUGAAGACAACUGUAUGUUUUGUAAGUUUUUCCUAAAGAUAGAGAGGGACUCCGACAUCCUUAUUUUGUCUGGUAGACUGUUCCAUUGUUUGCCAGCCUGGUACGUGAAAGAAUGUUGCAUAUAAGAUGAGGUCGGUCUUGGAAUGGUCUUAUCUGUGAACCCAACGACUUGUUAAAUCAAGGAUUUAGCCAAAUCUACUCCUUCACAUAGUCGAUGACAUUGGGCUCCAUGUGAAUGCUUAUGUGUAAACAUUUUUUUCUUCAACAGUCUGGACCAGCUUCAGUGGACGAAUACACUAAAAUGGAACUCAUGCUGGUACGUUUCCUUAGCAUCUUUCCUUUCGCUUCCAGUUUUUCGUUGUUUGUUUUUCUCUUCCUUAAUGUCUAAAUUACUUGUUUGAUAGUAUACCAUAAUCUUCUCCGGAAAAGUGGCCGAUUGCUGACAUUUUUUUUUUAUUAUGCCGUAAUUGUUAAAAACGAAACGGGGGUGGGAGGAGGACUACCCUGAAAUAAAUGAAUAAGUCAUUUAUCCAUUCAUUCGUUCUUACAUUCAUUCUCCAUGUAGUAAAUCAUACAUUCAUUCAUGUACUGAACCAUUCACUCAUUCGGUACGUCCGUCGAUCAUUCAUCCAUUUAUUCAUUCGACUGACUCUGUCAGUCAGCCAGUCAUGUUUCUCAGUUUUCUGGAUUUGCUUUGUAUGCCAAUAAACCAUCUAUCUUUCAGAUGAAAAUGGAGGAGCCAUGUUUUGAUGUCCUUCGAACUAGAGAACAGCUUGGGUAAGAUCGGCUCUGUCGCCUUUUGCAGUGUAUUUAGAACCAGAGCACCGACACCAGGACAAAGUUGCUGCUAGGGGUUCAUUCCCAGAGUGCAGCAGUAGGAGGAGUUCUCAUGAAUAAAAUGGCUGAUGGAAGCCCUGAUGAGAAACGCCAAAGCAAAUAAAGCAUGAAAGCAAUCUUUUGAAAAGCAAGAACUGUUUCAGAAAAUGAAAAUCUCUUUUAUGGAAACCACACCGGUGGUAUAUUUAUAGCGUGGUCCUCGAUCCAAAGUUUAUCCCGCCUUCCUUUUGUCAAACUGUAAUUUUACCAUCAACAGAUCAAAAAACACUUAAACAAACAUUGAACCAAGAAUAACAUUGUUGUUACUGGUCUUUUUUCAGUUCUUUUUCCUGACUUUUCUAUUUUAGAUAUUCCGUGUUCUGCACUUGCAGAAACACAUUUGGAAUUCUGGGAUUUUCUGUCACUGUUCAAACGCAAGCGGGGAAAUUCAGGUAUUAGUUGUUUCAACCUCUAACAGAAGUGUUUAGUCAUCGCGAAUGAGAAUUGAAACCAAAUUCACCCAGCUAUAAAUAUGAAAGACUGGCAUGGCGCAGCUUUGCCCCGUCACAGAAAUCGCUCUGCAAUCCCCGUUUUUUGUGUGUGUAAACAAAAGCCCUUACCGAUAUGGUUUUCUUGGCGGCUCAAUCUGGUAUAGUGAAGACAGAUUAUAAUAAUUCAAACAAAUUUCUCUUUAAGUCGUAGUUUUUCUUUUCGUCUUUAUUAUCGUCGUAAUUGGAUUUCUUUUAUUCGCGGUUUCAUCUCUCAGUGCGGAACAUGUGGACGGGCGAAUAGAUGCAUUUUUGGACGAAUUUGGUGAAAUGUUGAAGUCGAUGACUAACGAAGACUUCAAAAGCCAGGUAAUUUUGAAACGCGUAGCAUAUUCGUAGGAAGAUAGAACAUCCCAAGACCUCACAAAUAAUGAUGCUUUUGGAGGAUCCAAGUACUAAACUUUCACCUCUAUCUCGGAUGCUUUCCAGAGUGAACUUAAUUCACUUUAACCCGUCACGUGGUCGCCAAUUUAAGGGGAUAUCUUUCUGCGUGUUCUGGACAAUCAUUGGCCACCUUUUCCACGGGACCUCGAAUAAGUGUCCUUAUUUGCGAGAGUCCGUAAUAGCGUUAGUUUUAGUGCAGUCAAACGUCUGUAAUUUUUUUUUUGGCCGGGGAUUUAGCUACUGUCCGUAUUAUCGGGGUGUGCGUUAUAGCGGGGUGUCCGCUAGGCGGGAGUUUUGACAUUUCAAUCCUAGCGGUUAAAUGGCCUUUGCUCCCACGAGUUCAUGUUGAAAAGUUGAAAGAGCGCCACUCUUCUGAACGGAAAGCUGCGUUUCGAAUCCUGUGAGAUUACGAGCCCGUGUCUUCUUGUAAUUGCAAAUUUUGCAGCUACGUACAAACCUAGACGUAUAUUCAGAUGAUUGCGUCUUAUUGGGUGUUGACGGUAUACCGUUGGCCUGACUCAUUGGCCUGGAACGACGAACCCGUGCUGCUGUGCGAAAAUGGGUAGAGAACACAUAGAACCCGAUCGUGUGGUCUAUCUCUCAUGCGGCGAGAGACCUCUCACGGGCUGAGAGCUAAUCGAGAUAAUCACUAUAGAAAAAUUUAUCUGCGAAUAAAGCAUGUUUCAGAAGCAAAACAGUAACAAAAAAAUCCUUAAGUUAUGAAAUUCCGAGAAAAAAUAAACACUGUUGAAAACUGAACCUAGUAUUAUUUGCAGUCAUUUUAAAUUCAUGAUUGUUGUUUGGUUGUUUGUUUGUAGCUUGGAAUACAGUACGUUAACAGUUAUCCAAAGAAAGGAAAUGGAUAGAAUAUAGCUUAAUCUAGUGUAAUACUGUAAUUCAAUAAAUAAAACUAAUAAUAAAACCUUUUUAAAGAGACAAUCACAAUUUUGAAAAAAAAGAGAAACCUCAGUUGCAAUAUAACGUCAAUGUGAACGUACACGUCAUAACGAGUUUAACAUAUUGGCUGCGAGAUUGAAAGCGCUAAGUUCAACUUUUUAGUGUGAAGAAGGAGGUUGGGGGGGGGGUGAGGAAGGAUGCUUAAAAGCCCCCUCACCCUGUUUGAAUAUGAUUAGUAUACAUACUCAUUUACAUUUAAAUUAGAGCGAUUUUGGUAUGACCUUGAAAGGAAAACACGCGAACAAAACAGAAACAGCAAACGAACGAAAAUAGAGCGAUUUAAUUGGUUUAUCGAACAGAUACAAACGCGCGUGGCUUUUGGUUGGUUAAGGGAACGCUCGGGAGAAAAAACGUCAUGCCCGAGAACUUUCUAGAAAUCAAUCGAUACUUCGCUUUGACGUCAUAUGGCAACACGAUUGGCCAAUUGAACGAUAUCUUUUCCAUAUUAGGGUUUUCUCUGGCGGGAAAACGAAGAGGCCAUGUUUUGAUCUUUUCAUCCAUUGGCUGAUAAAACCAAUAACGAACACUUACAAAACCAUUUUUCAAGGUCAUACGCUCUAAGGACACCGUGUUGUUUAAAUAUGUGCAGGUUGAUUCCCUUAUUGAGUUGAAGGAACACGAGGACCUUAGCUUAGCAGAAGAAGCUGAGAGAAACUGGAUUGAAGUUUUAGACCAGACCUACCUGUUUGACAGGAGGCGUCGAGAGGUAGGUGCAGUUGUUACGCAUAUUGCAUAUUGAGUUGCCGAAAACCACCCAAAACUUUCGGCCAGUAAUGAGUUCAAAGUGAAGUCCAUAAAAUUAACAAUAGACCAUUUGUAAGUAGCAUCGGGUAGGUUCGAAGCCUUUGAUAUGAAAAUUAAUUACAGUCAAACCCCGUUAAUAACCCCGUAGGGACCACAGAAAAUGUCCGUAUUCAGCGGGCCAUGUUAUAUAAGUAAAAAAAACCCUUUUACUAGAACAAAAUACCAAACCACUAAAAGAGGACACAAGCAUCGUCAAAUUAAACUUCUCAAACCUUCACAAAGCCGUCAUUAAGUCCACGGAAACACUUAAAAAUCGGUCAUUUAUAUAUUACUUAAUCAAAACCCUUCUCUGCAUAAGUCGCUCCAUGCCAAAAAUUGACGUCUACAGCUCUUCCGGUGUAUGGUAGCGCUGGGAGCAUCGACAUGCUGUCAACUGAAGGUUGUUUUUUUUUAUUUUACCAAUUACAGCACACAGUUGAAAUGAAGUGUCUGUUUUAGCGAGAUUGGCUCUCGGUUAGAAUUCGUUGAUUGCAGGGGUAAAAAAUAGGUGUCCGUUGUCCGCAUUAACGGGUGUCCAUAUUAAGCGAGGUUCGACUGUAUUUACAUUCUUGUACAAAUAAAAGUCAAUUUUGCAAGAAAGGGUUUGCACUUAGCCUUACUUUGAAAGCGAUGGAUUUGGGGCUCGGAAAUGGCUUAUUCUGUUAAGCGGAUUCUUUUAAGCGGUUUUUAAGACACUCAGUUAAGCCCCGAAAAUGAAGCGGGCGGGAAUUCAAGUGUCUUUGUUUGUUCUCUACCAGGUCAACAUCUUAAAGAAUCUAACCAAAGAAGCUAUUGAUGAGUGGUUUAGGUCUCACAGAAAACAUGGAAAUAACUAUAAGAAGCUAAGUGUGCAGGUAAACAUAUUAUGACAUACAAAAGCGCCUAAAUCUCUGUAAAUAGUUAACAGAGUGGUUUAUUUACUACUCAUAUCUCAUUAACGUGCUUGAAAUUUUAACGAUCUGUAGGUAUAGCCCACCCCUACCCCAACACAACGUUUACAGCAAUUUAUUUAUUUUUUGCUUUUGAUCCAAUUAUGUGUAUCUUGUAUAUCUUCAGUGUUUAACAUAGGAAACUUUUCAAAUGAGAAUUGGGAAGAUCUUUAGCAGACUGUGGAAAUUGUCCAAAUUUUCCUUUAUUGUGAGAAUGGAAUUUGAACCCUGUCAAACUUCAGUUGCUGUACGAUGUCAAACAAGCGUCUCAUGGUGUUUUAGUACUUUAACGUUGGCAAUAUUUCUUGUAUUUUUCUUUCGUCAGUUGCAAUGAAAUUUUGCAGAUGUUACACUUUAUCUAUUUAUCUUGUUUUUUCUAUUAUUUUUAUUUUAUUUAUUAAUUAAUUUAUUUAAGACGGUUACUGUAAAGCGUAAAAAUUGCGAUACUAGAAUUAUGGUAGACUUUGGUAGACUUAAUCUACCAAAGAAGACAUCGUGGACCUCUUUAGUGGCAACCAAGUUUCAAAAAAAGUUGCUCAGGAAAUUAAGUCUCACGUCCAAUAACAACUAAUUUUUUCUUAUCAGGUGAUUGGGUCAGGAGAAUGUGAGGCACACGCAUGCCCAGAUGCUCAAGUGGAUGACGACAGUGGUCUGGGUAACGAUAAUGAAUGGCAGAUUCGACCAGUUGCAGUCGACAGUACCGAAAGUGAGAUCGUCUGUAUUAAAGACAUUUCCGAGUUCAAAAGGACAAGGGCUGUUUACCCCGUGGUUAAAAUCAAGUGA